AUGGAGAACGAAGCGGACGAGUCAAAUCCACUUGUACCCCACAAUUCCGCUGUUGAUUGCCGCUUGCACACAUCUGCGACAGGAAUCGCAGGUUUCUCACAAAGAAACCGUCGAGAUGACCUUGCAUGUCGACAAAAAAAACCCGUUAAAAGAACCAUUAAUGACGGAAGAGCUGCCAUAGAUUCCUUGAAGUCUCGACUUUACGACCGACCGGAAAACUCCGAAGUUUUUCGAGCAAUGUACCGACCUGUUCCGCCACCUUCAGUUCAGACAUCAACUCAGGUAAAGUAAGCUCAUAAUGAAUGCAGAGAAAUAGUUACCGGGUGGUUUACUCGGGGAGGAGUUGUUCUAAAAGAUAUUUUUUCCUGAUGAGAACGUUUCUGGGUUUCUGGAGACAAUAGCAAUUAUACUUGUCACUGAAUCCUAGCAAAUGAUAAUAUAAAACUUACAGUGUACGUAGGUGUCAUGGAAACACGGACGCUUUGAAAUCGCGCCCCAUGGUAUUUCAUGGUAUUUGUUGCCAAAAACAAUAGCUGCAAUUCUAACAAACCUUUGUUUCUAUUUUUAAAGAGGUCUGUUUAUACGUCCCAUCUGAAAUGUAAAGAUUUGUCACGGAGAAAGCUGAGUGUAUGAUGACAUUUUCACUACGGCCAUUCCCCACUAGUAACGCAAGUACUAGCGAAAGCUGUGUGCAUAUGAGCUCGUUAAAAUGGCCUUGAAAUGAGCCUGAGAAUUUAAGCUAGAGCAGACCAUCAAUGAUGAAUAGUUUUAUUGUUUUAAUUGUGUUAGAUUUUAAGAUUGUGCCAAGCCUCUUAGGUUGGGGAUUAUUUCUUUUCCCUCAUUAUCAUAAUGAAUGAUUUAGUAGUGUCCAUGAAAGGAGAGAUCAGAUUUUGGUCACUACUAGGCGAGGUAGGUGGCACAGCACAGAUAUGAAUGUUGAAAGAACAAAGAAACAAAUUUCACGGCUUUCACAAGCCAGUUCAAACAUUAUCCAAAUGACAUUCAACAAACCAGUGCAAAAAAUCUGCCUGACUAUGUCAGGAGAGCUCUAUCUCUUAACAUUUUUAGUCAAUGCUGGAUGAGGUCAAUUUGACUACCGGAGUUGAGUGUAAUUGUAACUUUUGUACGUAAUUCUAUAUAGAUACAUUUCCUCUUAGGAUUAUUAAUUUUUGUAUAUUUUUAUUUUUAUAUCUUCAUACAUUUUUAUUUUUAUUUCCUUUUAGUUUAUUUAUUUGUUUAUUCUCCAUCUUGAUAUGUACUGGAUUUAGAGUAAUUUGGCACGUUCACAUAGAAACAAGUCUUGUACUCAUCUGUGUAAGGAUGGAUAAAUAAAAUACCUACCUACCUGGCUACCUUAUGUUUUCUUGUAAUAUUUUGGGUAAGUUUUCAACAAAAAGCAGUUGGCUAAAAAAAUGUGAAAUAAAAGAAGAAAUUUGUCAGCAGCCAGUUUGUGUGGAAAACCUUGGAGAGGACUAAUUUUUUGUGCUUUUGAAUAUUUUACAGGGUUCACCUCAUCCACCUUCAAAAGGUGGCUCAAGGUCAGUGAUGGGUAACUAUAGAACCACAAUGUUCAGAAGAGAUUUCAACAGAUUACAAGCUCAGAGAAAUCAGGGUUUUCCUAAAGCACCUGUUCCAGUCACACAAGGAGCAGUGGAAUUUGAGCAAGGAAACCCCCAAAAGCCAGAGACAAAGUUAGACCCACAGAAUUUGACAACUGCAAAUGGUGCUGCCUUUUCAAGUCUAGAGGAAGAUGGUGCAGAUAACUUACAUCUGGAUCAGAGAAGUGAACUUUCUAACAGUGAAAGACCAGUUGAUCAGGUAUUUUUCCUCUUUGGAUUCAGAAGCUGGAAUUCUAUCCAGUGGGUCAGAAGUGUUCUUAAAACUGUUUGAUUUUUUGUGUAUAGUUUUGUAAGUUACAGAUGUUUGUGGCUACCCGCAGUAGACAAUUCUGGGGGUAUUAUCAGAAAUUUUACUCAGUCCAUUUUUGUGUGGUGAAAAUGCUUGACUGGUGGCUUGAAGUAGAAAAAGCUGGUUGUACCAAUAGAGAAUUUACUUGUGCCCAUUUUUGGCUGGAUUAAAGUGCUUGUGGCUAUUUAUAAUCAUUAUGGACAAUUGUAGGUAUAACAAUAGAGAAUUUACCUGUGUCCAUUUUUAUAAGCUGAAAAUGUUUGUGGACAAUUCUGGAAGACAGAACUGAUAAAGAAUUUAUUACUUGUUAACCUCUCCAGAUAUCAUCAGUCGGAUCCUUUGGUAAGGGUGAUGAUGAGUCAGACUCUGUGGCCUCAAGUAAAACUGCAAGUAGCAGGCCUUUCUCUCACAAAUCUCGGGCUUCAUCUGGAAAAUUGCACCCUCCUCCAUCUAGAAGUUUAAAACCAGACUUCAAUAGAAAUGAGGCAAAGCCCCUUUCACAGGGAAUACUAGGUGAUGAAGAAUUCAUCAACUGCCAUGUAUCAGAUGUGAUUGUUAAGCUGCGCCAGAGAUUAAAUAUGAGCACAGAUCUUGAUGCAAUUGCCAAUGGGGAAGAUCCAGAUGAAGAUGAAAACAAUAUCAAUCGAUUAUACAUCCAAGAAGAUGAUGGAAAAUUUGUAUAUUGUGUUCCAAAGAACAGAACUUUGAGAGCUGCACGAUAUAAUCCUUAUGACUUGGUUUGUGUGACAUCACAGGAAGCCCAGUCAAACCCACAGUAUUUUACUGUGACUGCUUCAGCUGUUACACUGGUGGGUGAACAUUAAAAGCUCAUGACCUUAUAAAUCAGACUGCUUCCUCUGCCAAAGUUUAUCCCCUGAUCCCCAAUAGAUAAGAACUAAAAAUUCAACAAAACAUUGAGAAAUUGAGGGCACUAGUUUUGAAUUUGGUACAAAAGUCGUGUAUAUCGUGGUUUGUACAUCUUAAAAAAAUUGAAUCUGAUCUUGUGAAAUUCAUCAUGAGUAACCCAUGUGAGUCUUCUCCAUUAUUAAAAUUAUUUUCCUCAUCACAUUCUACUUGAAUUCUUCGGCCUUUGGUUGUUGUUGUUGCUCUUUUUUUGCCAGAACAUAUUAUUCUGACAUGUAUGAUUUUAUUCUGCAUGAGACCAGUUUUUCUAGUGCACAAAUCAUACUUACUAAAAAUGUAUUGAUUUAACAAGCUGAUCUAUAAUAUUAUUAUCUACUCUUGGGAGUCCUCUUGCACACACAAUUCCAAACAUCUUCAAGAAUUUACCAGCUUUGUUCACAUAGACAUUUGUGUCUUAGCAGUAUGCAGAAAGUUUGUCACCGUAGACCUAAAUAAAUGCCAAUCCUACUGUGAGUCUCACAGUGGUAGAGCAUCUAAAGUACCAAUCUGAAUAACGUUGUCUUUCACAUUUUCAUAAUGCAUUGAUGGUCAUUACAUGUUAUUCAUUAUUUGCUUUUAGAUCAGAGAAGGGUUUGAUUCUGAACUUACUCCAUUAAAGAGGUGGCUUUAUGAGAAGAAAAUAUUUAGUAUAAUAUUUGGUUUUCCAACCUUCACCAAGUUUAGGCAAGUAUUGUGGCUCUUCUGUAGACCUUUUCAUAAAAUAAAUGUAAAAAAAAAUGUAUUUAUGAUCAUUUAUGAUUUGAUACUCACAAGCAAAAUAAAACAAAAAAGGAAAGGGAAAGAUGACCGUUUCUUUACCGCUGAGGAGUAUGUUCUAUCCUUUGGGGAGAAUGUGUUCUGGAAAUUACUUUUGUGAGCUUGGCUGUACAUGUGUAAGAUUUCAUUCUAGAGUGUGGUAAUACUUACAGUGUAUUUGUUGCUAAGGGCUGGGUUGUUCAAAGCUGGGUUAAGAUGACCUAUAGUUAGUCUGAACUCUGAUUUGCAAUCUGAAAGCCUUAAGAGAAAAUUCAGUAUAAUUCUUUUUGUCAACAAUCUGGUGAUUGGAUGCUCCAUAUAGAAUUGCGAAAAUGAUCCCAAAAAGGCUAUCAAACAAAGGAGCAAAGAAACCCAUAUUAAAAUUUAACCCUGGGUUAGCACUAAUUGGCCUUUGAACAACUGGGCCCUUGUCUUUACAUGAACCAAGUGGUAUUUAUCCUGAGGUUUCAUAGUAUGAAAUGAUUAGGAGUAUUAAUUACGACUCCCCCCUGGAUGGGAUGUCAGUUCAUUUCAAGGUUACCCCCCAGCAUUUUAUUGGGCUUCAUUAAUACUCCUGGGUGAAGAGAGGCACUGUGAAGUUAAAGUGUUUUUCCUGAGAAUACAACACAAUGACUAGGCCAGGUCUUGAACCUGGCUCUCUUCUAGUUAGCGCACUUAGCAUUAGGCCUCUGUGUCUCUGAUGGAUUUGUUGCGAACCUCUCUUUUAAUUUCCCUCAAAAAUAAACAUUUCACUUAUAAUCAUAAGGUGCUUCGUUCAAAUGUGAAUUUUAAUUUUUUAAACCACCAGAUUGUAUCAUUAUUCUUAUCAUGUGCUUCACAAUAAAAACUAAAGGUGUUUGAUCAUUUUGCAGAUUGUGGAAAGGUUAUAUGUGUUGGAGGAACAAUGUCAGAUUUCAGAAAAAUUGUAGCAGUAGGUUAGUUUAUAUUUUGCCUCUUUAUCCCAGCCAAUUUCCUGCUUACCACAAACUUUCAUUACUGCUAGUGCUAUGGGGUCAUGAAUUUUCAGUGACAUCAUUAUUCUCUAGAACUAAAAGCUCUUUAACCCUAUAACCCCUGAGAGUGAAUAGCAUCUAAUUUCUCCUUACAAUAUCACCCUUAAAUCACACACGUAGGUCACAGGAAAAUGUGAUUGAGCACAGAAUAGAGAAUAAUUAUGCAUACUGAUGUUAGGGCGUAAAGGAUUAAACUGUCUAAAGAUGUUUAUUUGCUGUAAACUGUUUCAAACUUAACCUUUUAAUCUCUAAGAGUGAGUAGCAUCUAAUAUCUCCCUACAAUAUCACCCCUGAAAUCAGGCCCACACAUAUGGGGCAAGAUUAGCCAGGAAAUACGCAUUAAGACCAGUCUUCAGGCGUUCAGGAAAGGGGUGCAUGCUCUUAAUGUACUUGGCUUGCUGGACAGUACAUGUGGCUGCUGUGCGUGCUCAUCUUAGAUUGGUGGAUAUGCAUAGUGGCUUCUGCUGUCUGGCUGCCUUGUGUAUUGGGGGUGUGCUCCACUAUCUUCUAUUUAAUUUGUCUAAUUUAAAUUAUCUAGACUGUUUAACUUUUUUAAUUUUAUAUUCAUGUUUCGACUGCUGCUUAUAUGUUUGCCCUAUAUUGUCUGUUUGCUUGUUUGUUCUAUUUGAUUGUAAAAAUUUUAUAUAUUGAUGUCAUUUUGUAUAUUGAUGAUAUUUUAAGACUAUAUUUUUAAUGUUUUUACAUAUACUUACAUUGUAUUCAUUUUAUUUUUUAUAGUGUCCACAAUUAGCUUUUAGCUAAAUACCUUGACACUUUAAUAAAGUUUAUGUAUGUAUGUAUGUAUGUAAAGUAUGUAUCAAACAUUCAUGUAAUGAGAACAAAGGAAAUAGUUACCAACUAGAGAAGCUCUGCAUUAUGAAACAAAUUCUUCUCAUCAGUACUUUUGGAAAAUUUAAUGUAUAGAGAACAGUAUGGAGAAUAUGCAUACUGAUGUUUGGGUGUAAAGGUUAAAGUAAAUGACAUCUUAUGUUUUCAGAUCUGAGGUUGUCAGUUCACUUUUUUCGGCAACAAAAGCCUCACAACAAGCUAUACUCCUUGUAAGAGCUCUCUGUGAGAAAGCCUGCAGCAGUAUAACAGGAGUGGGAGAAGGAGAGGAUGGAAUUUGUCUCCUACACAUUGAUCCUCAGACAACCUUUACUCUGAAGGAAUUUGUGGAUGCACAGACAAGACAAGCACAAGACGCCACGGAAAAGCUAACUGCCUUGAGGGUAAAAGUACUGGAGAUUGUCAAAGAGGCCUGUGAGGUAGGAUUAAAUCAGGAAUGUGAGAAACAAUAUAAACUUAGUUCUGAAAAGCUUCAGGUGACCUUGCAGCUGAGUUUGUUCAAAGGGGAAGUACCUGGAUGGUGGGCCAAGGCUGGAUACAGAGUGAAUAAAUGUGGACUGGAACACUGUGUUGUGUUCCUGAGGAAGAGGAUGAGGAAUAGGCUUUACUCUCCCAAUGGCUCUCUCCACCCUGUAGUUAAAAUGAGUGCCAGUGAACUGUCAUGUAAACAUUAUGAGAUGGAGGGGGACAACCUUUGGUGGACUGGCAUCCUAUCCAGGGGGGUGUAGCAGUACUCCCAGACCUUCCUUUCACAAAUCUUGGGCUUCCUUGCAUCCUCUUCCACCUGGGAAUCUAAAACCAGACUUCAGUGUGAUUAGUCCAUAGGGAAUACUAAGUGAUGAGGAAUGCUGCAGAAACCAUUUUGUUUGCCAACCCAAGUAAGCUCUGGGAGUGUGGGCUACCUAACUGAUAUAGAGACUUGACAAACCAUUCAUGGCAGUGUUAGAGCAUAGACUUUGUUAGAGCAUUAACCCUUUACACCCUAACAUCAGCAUGCAUCUUCUCCAUACUAGUCUCUAUACAUUUCCCAAGAUGCUGGUGAGGAGAAUUUGUUUAACAAUCAAGAGCUUCUUUAGUUGGUGAUCAUUAGAUUUUAGAAACUACAGAACCCAGUGACAGGCACUCAAUGACUUUUUUAAAAGCACAAUUUUAUCAUAAUUGUUUUAUUUCAGAAAAUUACGGAAGAAGAAGGACUAACAGAAUGGGUUCACCCAGAAAGAAAAAGGGAACAAAAGAAGAAAAAAAAGGAAGACAACCCUGAAGGCAAGAAAAAGAAAGGUAACGAGAAAGAAAAAGUGAGCUAUAGGAACUGUUUUUUCUUUAUCUCUGUCAUUAACCCUUUAGCUCCCAAGAUCUGAUUGUUAAUUCUCCCCUCUUACUGCUACACUUUUCCUCGUAAAUUAGUUACAGGAAUUUGGUGUCAGAUCAAGAUAAAAAUUUCUACCGAUAAGUUUGAAUAUUCUCAUUACCUGUUUGCUGGAUAAUGUAAGGAUAUUAAGGGAGGAGGUUCAUGUUGAUUGCAUCUGGAAGUUUAGAAAUUGUGACACUGAACGAGUUUUGGGAUCCUCAAAAGUAUUGGUAACUUUACCUUUGUUGCUCUUUUGUAUUUCAGGCAAGGUUAGGUAUGGACCUUCCUUCACUCAGAUGUCUCAAUGGAGAGGAGUCCUCCAUCGUUUGACUUGUUUCAUCAGAAUGAUUGACUUUCUGGUGAUGGAGCUCUUAAGGAGGCUUGUACUAACUGCAUUAAGGACAUUCUUAGCACAAGUUAAAGCUGCAUCUAUGCUGGGUAGGUACUUACAUGUAAAUAGGUUCAGUAGGGUGAAAGUAGUCUUGAAAAGGGCUGUUGUCACUUGUGGUGAAUGACAUUUUGAAAAACCUUAUGAGGAGUUAAUAUCAUCAAAGUCAAGUGACGUGUAUCUGAAAGUCAAAGUCAAGUGACAUAUAUCUGAUAAUGACUUCUGCAAAGGUUCUCAAAUCUGCAGUGACCGUAAUUACUGUCAACAGCAGUCCUUGACAUGAAUGCCCUGACUGGGAUGAGCAGACUAUGUGAUAUGGUCUGUCUCCAAAGAAAACAUCCUCAAUUUGGCUUUGCCACCAAGAUGAGGAGCAGAAUAUUAAUACAGUAGACUAAGUGAUUGUAUAGAUCUUUAUCAGUUUUCACAGUCAAAUAAAGCCAGUGAUUUUCCAAUUGUGUGGCUUUUCCCUAUCAGGCAUGUAACAUGGAGAGGAAUUUUAUGUUAAGAGCCACCAUUAGAACCCACUUGCACAAAUUUUAAUUGUAAUAUAUAAUAAGAUUACAACUCAUACAGCAGUUAUAGCAACCCUUUAAGUGCUUUUCAUUCUGAAAGAGAGAACAAAUAUUCAAAUGAACAAGAAGUGCUUUAAAGUCCCAACUGGUAGGAGGCAGACCAGUUGGUGGCUGAGAGCAAAUCCAGUGUAUAGCAAGGUAGAGGAGUUGAAUCCAGGACACCAGAUUUCAAGUCCAGUGCCCUAACCACUUGGCCAUGCCAUAAUGGAGGGGGAAGUUUCAAUUAAGCAAGUCGUUUCAGACGUGUCAUCUCUGAAGUGAUUUUACAUGGUUGCCACAGGUCAGGAAAUAGUCAGGGAAAAAAAAAAUUCUUCAAGGUCAUUUCACUUUGAGUCUUUGAAAAAAGUCAGGGAAAAGAUUUUAGUGACCCCAUCCCCUGUGAGCUGUCAUUCAUCUUGUUUGGCCUGAUUUAACUUUCUGUGAUGUUGCACCCAUGUAUAUUGUUUAGUACAGUUUUAAAUUAUUCUUGUAAUGCAAGAAAGUUGGCUCUGAAUGAAAUCACACACUUUCUUUUUCCUCUGUUUUCAUUGUUUUCUAACAUUUCAAAUUCUUUGGUACAUUUCAGUUCAUGUUGGAUUAGUAAAUAUUGUUUUUUAAUUGAACGACAAGCUGAUGUUAGGUUUCCAAGAAAAUCAAUCCUUUUUCCAUGUUACGUUCUAUCAAUUUAAAUGGUCUUGCUGAAAGCAUUAAUAAAACUUUUGGAGGCCAAAAUUUACAGUUGGUCAGAUUUGUCAGGGCAGGGAAAAGUCAGGGAAUUUCAAACAUAUGGCUGUUGUUUUAGUGAAUGGACCAUUAGUUAUGAUUUCACACUAGCACCCUGAAGGCCUUUGUUAUUCUAUGUGGCUCUGUGUGGUCCGAAAUUUGUCUUGAAACAGUUCAUUAUUAAAUGUCGUGUUUUGAUAAUAGCUACAAUCUUGUAAAUGGAAAUUUCAAACUUUGCAAAAUUUACUGAUGCAGUACAUGGUUGACAAUGGACCUUUAAGGACACUCCCACUUUUUUGUGCAAGUUUCAAAGUAGACAAAAAUUGAUGUAGGAAGAUGCAUGCAGGUAGAAGUUUGAAGAGCUUUACUCUGACUUUUUUACCAUGGACCAAAGUCAAUAGCAGUUGUGUGCAUUGUGUUCAAUACCACAUAGGAUCCAUUGUGCACCUGAGUCUUAUGGAACCCACCCUUGAAAAUGAGGAGAAGAAAAACAGUGUGAAACUUGACGCAGAUGACGAGGAAGAUAAAAAAGCUGUUCCACUUCUGCUUGUGGAGCUGGUUUUGAAUGUCCCUCCCACUGAGGAAGGAGGAGGUAUGCUUGCAAUAACGUAAAAACCAUGAUCCUAAUCUUUUAAACUGUUACAUCAGUAUGCAUAUUCUCCAUACUGUUCUCUAUACUAAUAUUUCCUAAGGUGCUGACAAGGAGAAUUUAUUGAAUGAUCAAGAGCUUCUUUAAUUGGUGAUCAUUUCCUUUAUUCUCAUGACCUUAAUGUUUGAUUUAGGGGUGAUAUUGUAAGGAGAAAUUAGAUGCUGGUCAAUCUUAGGGGUCAAAGAGUUAAUUGUUACCAUUCAGUAUCCAUGUUCUCCAUUCACUUCUCUAUACAUUUCCUAUGGUUCUGAUGAGGAGAAUUUGUUUGAAAAUCAGGAGCUUCUUGAAUGUGAUCAUUUAUCUUAUUCUCUUGACCUUUAUGCUUGAUUCAAGGGUGAUAUUGUUAGGAGAAAAUAGAUGCAAAUCACUUUAAGGGGUCAAAGGGAUGAAGGUCUAGAAAAUUGAACACCGAACAUAGUACUGUAGCUUGUACCAGGCUCUCCGAGAGGCAAGACGAGCGAAAUGGUAGGCGUGCGAAAAACGGCGCUCGCGAAAUAAGCGGAGAAACGCGACCGGUGCAUCCGUUUGCCUGUCAUUUUUUCCCGCUCUUUUUUUCCUUAUCUCCAUUACUGAGAGCCACGCACUAGUUGCAGACACAACUCCAUGGUGUUGUACACAAUAUAGAGACUGAAUCACCGAUGCAAAUGCGUAUACUUUGGUUUUCAGUUGACAGAAAGACCGUCACAUUUGAUGUUCAAUCUGCCCAAAGAUCACGGACAGAAGGGAAAUCCACACCUUACACUGGUGAUGGAACAUCAUUUGCUGAUGACACCAUGACUGUCACAUCCGGAAAAGAUCCUUCAAUUGUGUCAACUGGCACUCGAACCUCUAUGACGUCAAAGUCUUUUGUUUCUCUCAGACCAACAGAACAGGUAAAUAAAGCCACAAACGUGACAUGAGUUUGUUCCGGAAACCCAGGGGAAAUUAAUGUUUGUACAAGUUAGCGCGAAGUUCGGUGAAGUUAACGAAGAUUCGAUCAACGGAGGUAGACUUUUAAGAAUGCUGACAAUCGCCUUUAACUAUUAGGACGAGUUCAGCUUUGACCAAGAGAUUUCUUCGGCCUUCGAAAUCCAAGGUUUCAGCGAAUUGCUUCAAAAUUCAUUGGGCUUUAUCGCACUUUUUAUGAGCAAAACAGUUAGCACAGCUAACUCAGCCCUUCCCUGAUUUAAACUAACGGGUCGGUAUGUCUUUUUAUUUUUUUAAGAUCUCUCCUCAUUGGCAGUUAAUUUUCUUGAGUCCCCCAUUUAUACUCUGUUGGCGACAACUGUCCCCCCCUAAAAACCAUGUGAUCCCCCAAAAAAAAAUCCUCCACACCUUCCCCCCCUCCCAAUAAUGACCUGGCUCCCAGGACUCCCAGGUGUUAAAUUUCACGCAACCUUACGAAUUACUCUCGUAUAAAUUCUUCUCAGGAAUUUGAGAUUGCUCUCCUCGACAUUAUAUGUGGCUUUGAACAAACUGCAGCUUCAUUCAAAAGUUUGGUCCAUGAUCCACAAUUGUCGGUCUAUGUCAAUCCACCAGCAAGUGACGUAGUAUAUGCUUUGUCACGUGAUGUGUAUGAGGAGGAAAAGGCGAAGAAGAUUCCGUGGCCAGAUUCAGAGCUGCUGUUUGGCCAAGAUCCUGAUUAUCAGAAUGACGUUGGCCAAAUAUUUCAUCAGAUCAAGGAUGAAGUGGAUAACGUACUCAGUUUUUCAAAGGUGAUACUCCAUGGGAAUGCAGAUAGAGAGGGCUGCGAGUGUAAUAUUUAACUUGCUAAUCGCGGAUUGAAUGCAGCGUUGGGCAUGCGCGCGGGGGUCAAUUCUGGCCAGCCGUGCGCGCAAUUUCCCGCGCGAAAUUUCAAAGGAAAACCGAAGAAAUCACCCCUGUCACGUAAAAAAUUGCAUGAAAGUUGAAUGUUCAAAGGAUGCAAAAGUUGAGAAAAGGACGACUUGAGACUUUUCUAACUCAAAGCUUAUUUUUGAAUUACGCUCAUCCUUUUGAUUUACCAUUUUGGUUUAGUUUGGGAUGCGCAUUAAUGUGCUAAUAUUACUCAUUAAGAAGGAAAGAUUAUACAAUAACACCGCUUUACAGUUAAACGCUAACUUAACCUAAGAAAGUACUAGAUAUAAAUGAAAAUAGAUGAGUUUUGAAAACUGGUCCUGUACGGUUAAAUCCAGCCUCGCGCAUAAUGUUCUCCAGGUCAGUGUGUUAAAGCAAAACAUGAACCCAAAAAAGACCUAACCUUGUCAAUUUUUUUUGUAUUUGUUGCUUAUCAGAGAUAUAAGAGAUUUUGUGUCAUGGUAGACAAGUCGCGGAGGGUGGAUGUCGAUGGCUCCCUUAAAGAAAGAGAGUGGAACACUGAAGAGUUCUAUGCUGUUCUCAAUCAGCACACGGAAGAGGUUAGACAGUUCGUCUAAAAUAAUUUCGAGAAUAAAGUAGAUUGUUCUAGGCAGGCAGUUUAUGAAGAAUAUUGGAAAAAUUUAAAAAAAAAAAAAAAAAAAAAAAAAACGGGGGAAGUAAGGACAGCGUCGUUCCGCCUCAGACCCUUGCAAAUUUGUUGCUCGCCUCCAGACUCUGGUCGUUCGAAGGUUGGAUAAAACUAUCCACUGGAUGGUCGCUACCCGGUGGAUCUUGCAGUAAGUUUUUUUCUCAUGAACCUGAACGUUUGAUUCAGCAGUGUUACUGUAGGAGAAAUAAGAUGUUAGUCGCUCCCAGGGGCGAGACUAAACAACAUCUGCGAGGGACAACAAAGCCAUUGACGUGUCUCGGUCUAUCGUUGCAAUUCUAACACGAUUUCUUAAAUGUAACGGAUUUUGUACGUGUAUUAUCGAUUUUGUUUUUAUUAUUUCAGGUUCUUGAGAUGUCCAAGAUGGUGUUGCACAAAAGAGUUGGACUGUUUCAUGUGGAAAUAACUGGCUUUCAAAGCGACUGUCUUCCUUACCCUCAGAAGGUUCUUGAAGCAGUGGCUUGCCACCUUCCUGUCAUUGCGGCCAAACGAAAUGAUGUCCUGCUGAAUGUAAUCAAGGUGCGGUGUUUUUUUCUUCCCUGCAGUCUUAUUUAAGGAACGCACUGCAAAAGUAAUCUUUAUAGAACUUAGUCGAGAAACAAUUGCAGACUACAACUUACUUUUCUUUUUCCUCAGCACGCUUCAAGAAAGCUCGAUAAAAUGCCAGAGACUGUAGAAGCCUUUGUGGAACACCUUAUCUUCUUGUCGCGAAUGGCCAAUGAGAUCUCCUCUUUGGAGCAUGAAUAUCACAUCGUAACACGCAUGUACAGCAUCGCACGGAACUUUGAGAUGACGAUAUCAGCGGAAGAGCUUGCUCUGUAUCAGAUGCUCAUGCCGAGUUUUCAACAUUUGAAGGUAAUGACCAGUUUGAUUACAAAUCUACAUCUAUUGUAAUUUCGCGGAGCGGGGAUGGCGCAUCGGUGGAAGUAUUCGCCUCUUACGGCUGUGGCCUACGUUCGAUUCGCAGACUUAGCGUCAUAUUUGGGUUGAGUUUUUAGUUGGUUCUCGUCCUCGCUCCAAAAGGUUUUUCUCCGGUCCUCCAGUUUUCCUCUCACCACAAAAACCAACAUUCCAAAUUCCAAUUCGACUUGGAAACAGCAGGCAAGAAGAGCCACCUAGUGGAAUGUCCACUGCUAAGUUUCCUCUAUUAUUUUGAUAGCCAAAUAGAGAUAAGUGUCUUGAUUUGUAGAGAUACUUCCUUAUUUUCUCUUCAUUCAAUUUCUGAUUCUUUAAAUAUCGUUCUUGUAGUCAACCAUUAUGUACUGUGAGGCAAAGAAGGAUGAAAACAUCCAGAGAUACAGUAGAGCUCUUGAUGAACUGAUCAACACAGUUCGACGUGAACUGGUUGUCAUUAAAAACAAGGUCUGUUCUCCUGUCUUACUUGAUGCUGACAAUAUUCCUCAAGUCGCCACAGAAAAGUUGAAACUUUUGAAAGAAGACCUGACUAACUUGUCAACCAAGGCUCGUAACUAUGCCACAUAUCAGGAACGUUUUGGAAGUUCUAUGUCGUCUUCUUUACAAAAGAAGGCUUUGACCGAGUAAGUUUCGUUCUUUCUACAUUUUGACCGGUGUAAAAGAUGUCCUCUAUCAUGGAAAUACACAGUGAAGGAAAGGACCAUUUCCCGUCAGCUUGCACGCGGUAGUACGCACUUACAACAGCGGUGUUAAGAAAAGCAUCGUUUGAAAAAUGAACGAAAAUUUACCGCGUGAUUUUCACGAGUGGUUCGACGUGUGUAUAUUGCCCUAAAUGGCAUCAGAUCACCUCUUAACCCUUUACACCCUAACCGAAGUAUUCAUCUUCUCCAUACUGGUCUCUGUACAUUUCCCAAGGUGCUGACAAGGAUAAUUUGUUUAACAAUCAAGAGCUUCGUCGGCUGGUGAUCAUUUCCUCUGUUCUUCUGACCUUAAUGUUUGAUUGAGUGGUGAUACUUUAAGGAGAAAUUAGAUGCUAGUCACUCUUAAAGGUCAAUGGAUUAAACAGAAAAUGUUAAAGUGCCGUAGACAAAAGUUUGUUAAUGGGGUUUCGUUCUGAGACUAAAAGUGACGACUCACUAAAAGAAAGACAAACCGAAGUUUUGACCCUUUGUGUUAACGCACCCUGCCUUCAUUGCCACCAGGGGUGAUAGCUUUUUCUCUUUUCGUGUCUUUUUCAGGGGAGCCAUGACCACCAUGACAGGCCACUCAAGUCCCCAGGCCACUUCUCUGCAGUCUGAGGUGAUAGAAGUUGAGAAGGACUUGACUCUAAGGUGCCUUUUAUGGGAGUCCUUGCAGGAGUGGCAGGGACUGGUCGACCAGUGGGAGGCCACACCAUUUGAGACCCUGAAGAUCGACGAAGUACAGCAUGACGUCACAAGGUUUAUACAGACUGUGUUCUUACUGGAAAAAGGUAGAACGACUAGAACUCUCUUUGGGCUUCAUUUUUGGUUGUUUUUCUAAGGUUUGGAAGAAUUCUCAAAAGAUAUAUUAUUUGUGGAAAGGCCUGGCUAGAAAAUUCAAAUGUGUUAUCGGCUGAACGCUUUCUAGUGAGUGUUUUGGAGCCAUAAUCACUGUAGCCAAUCAGAGCAGAGAGAAAUUUCCCAAGGGCAUAACUAAAACGCAUGGUUGAAACACGCAACCGGCGUCAAGCGUGGGAAAACGCUUCCCACCCGGUCGUGAUUGGCUGUAGUGCUGCGUUUGAUUGGUUAAGAAGGGUUUCUGGACCAAUCAUAGAUCGAAGUUACGGGGACCAAUGCAAUCCAGGAUUACUUUCGACACCAUGUAAAACUGCUCUGAAGUAUUAACCCUUAACACCCUAACAUCGGUAUGCAUAUUCUCCACACCGUUCUCUAUAUGUUCUCUAUAUGUUUCCCAAGGUGCUCAUAAGGAGAAUUUGUUCAACAAUCAAGAGCUUCUUUAGUUGGUGAUCAUUUCCUUUAUUCUCAUGACCUUUAUGUUUGAUUAAGGGCUGAUUUCGUAAGGAGAAAUUUGAUGCUAAUCACUCUCAGGGAUUAAAGGGUUAAGUGCGAUAGAACUCCUAUGAAGUUCUUUUAAAUGUACUUCCAAUCACAGGUCUUCCACCAAACAAAGUUGUACCGAGAUUGAAACAAAAGGUGGUGAGCUUUAAACAAGGCAUGCCAGUAAUUACAAGUCUCAGAAAUCCUGCGCUGAGAACCAGACACUGGGAAGCUAUCCAAAAUGUUAUUGGAACACGUAUCGUUCGUGACAAAUAUUUCACUUUAGGACACCUACUACAACUCAAGGUAACUGUUUGUCAUACACCUAGAGUAUCAUAAGUUAUUCUCAACACUAACAGAUAAUGGGCUCACCGAGUUACUCUUAAAGUACACCGUAAAAACAGUGAAAAUUUAAUGGAUUUUAGAGCGCCUGUUGUUUGACUGUAUAAAAACUAAAAUAAAAGUUAUCUCAACGACCAAUCAGAAGGAAAAAAAUACCUUUAAAAGACAAACUACCUAAAGCUUGGGCAAACGCGGGCAACCAAGUUGUGAUUGGUAGUAGUUUUGCAUCUGAUUGGUUGAGAAAGUGGCGCGUGUUUUUUAGACCAAUCACAGAGCGGAGUAAAUGAAAACCAAUGCAAUUUCGGAUUACUUUCGCCACGCGAUUGAAAUUUGCUCUCUUGAUCAAUAAAAACGUGGUUGGUUAUUACUUUCAGGUGUUUCAACACAGGGAGAAGAUUUCGGACAUAUCUUCGCAGGCAAGUAACGAAGCAACGCUGGAACAAAUGUUGCAAAAGGUAAACAGGACUGUUGAUAUGUAAUAAUAAUUAAUAAUUCAUUAAUAAUUAAUAGUAGGACUAAGUGGAGUCCAAUUCGGUCUGUAAUCAUACAAGUGAUUAACAAAAUCGGACGAACUCGAAGCGGGAGUCCGAUUUGUUUAUCAUGAGUAUGAUUACAAACAGAAUUGGACGACACGAAGUCCUGUAAACGAUUCAUCAUAACCAUUACAAUUUCCGAAAAAAAAAAUCUAGAACAAAUAUCUCCAGUGGAGACAAUGUCUAAAUUUUAAAAUUUCGGCAUUUUGGAAAUUUCCCAGUUUCUUCCAGGAUAAAUGGUUGUUGCUAUGGUUAUCGUGAUCAAUUCUGUGAUUGGUGGAUUUAGCUGAGUGGACUUAGCAGGAUUGCUUUAAAUGUCCGACUACAGGUGUCCGAUUACAGCCAAAUGUCCGAUUACACUGUCCGAUAUAAAGCAGUUAGUGCAUCAAUUACAUUUGAGGAAAUUGUAAUGGUUAUGAUUAUCGGUAAUCAUGGAUGCCAUAUUUUUUGGUUUUCAUUUAAGGCAGGAUUAGUUACUGUCAUUCGGACAGAAACUCACCAGGAAAUGAGUACGAUUCAAAAUGGCAAGCUAGGAUACGAACAAAUUUCAGUGUAUGAAAGCUCAUGAAUGGGAGGUGUUAUCUUCUUUAGCGGUUGUUUGAUUACAGUGUUCGUAACUGCCUCUCUUCCAGGUGAUGGACUAUUGGAACCACACAGACUUCCAGCUGUCUGCCCACGUAAGCCGUGACAUUGCUAUUAUCACAGGUGCUGAUGAUAUUAUAACAGCUGUAGAGGAGAGCCAGGUCACGCUUUCUAACAUCAGAGGGUCACGUUUUGUCACGCCAAUCAAGGUAUUGUAAGGUUGAUAAAAUGUCAACCAGUUACGCUGAAUAAUCAUUUAAACCCUAACAGUGAGUAGCAUCAAAUUUCUCCCCAUAAUAUCACCCCUGAAUCACACGUUAAGGUCAUGAAAAUAAAGGAAAUGAUCUCCAUUGAAAGAAGCUCUUGAUUGGUGUACAAAUUCUCCUUUUCAGCACCUUAGGAAAUGUAUAAAGAGUAGUAUGGAGAAUAUGCAUACUGAUAUUAGGAUGUAAAGGAAUAAGGAACGAUUCAUUUAGUACGACUGUCAAAAGGCCGACGAGAAGUCUAUAGAGCGCUUAUUCAACCAGUCAUGCAGCUCCUAACCCUUUGCACCCUAGCAUCAGUAUGUAUAUUCUUCAUACUAUGCUUCACUCAUUUUCUAAGGUGCAGACAGGGAGAAUUUGUUUAACAAUCAAUAGCUUAUUUAGUUAAUGAUCAUUUCCUUUCUUCUCGUGAACUAGUGUUUCGUUCAGGGGUGACAUUGUAAAGAGAAAUUAGGUGCUGGUCACUCCAAGGGUUCAGGAAUUUCUUGUGGCUCCAGAAGGAACCUGAACAUUGUUGGUAAAGGAUGAAUGUGUUACUUGUGUCUUUUUUGAAAUAUUCGUAGGCUUUGGUUGAAGAAUGGGACAGAAAAUUGAAACUGUUUGCCAGCACAUUGGAUGAAUGGCUUCUCUGUCAGCGGAACUGGCUCUAUCUAGAGACAAUCUUUUCAGCGGCUGACAUUCAAAGGUGGGAAAAUUGUCUUCUAGACCGCUUUUCGAUUUUUGCGAAAGUGGAAGAAUGCAUUUCGACAUACCGUAACUUUCAACUACAAUGUGAUCAAAGAGGUGAAGAGGAAGGACAUUUUUGAAAAAAAAAUAGAUUAAUGUUUUGGCUUGAAAGACAAAAACAUUUUUGAAGUAAAACCAAUUUGCUAAGUCAUAGUCCAAAUGCUUUUUUAUUUUGACAGGCAACUGCCAAAUGAAGCCCGCCUGUUUGCCCAAGUAGACAAAUCAUGGAAAGACAUUAUGAGAAGAACUACUGAUAAACCGAAUGCUUUGAGGGCUUCAACAGCUGCAGGUGACAAUCAUUGUUAAAAAAAAAAGACAAAAAGACACUUUUGAUCCCAUGUUAGAUUGGCCAGGGAGCUUUUUUUCAGGACUGGUCAUGCCUAAACGAUGUACGGAUCGUCACACCAGGAAGGAGCGUUGCAUGACGAUUCAAAUAAUACCAUGUAUGAGAAGUGUCACGACAUUUAAACCAUUGUGCAUGUGAUGAUGAUAAUCUGUUCAUAUUUUGUGAAUGAGAAAUUUUUGGAAAUUUACUGGCCUCUUGGUAGUCGGGUUGCAUCAUGGACCAUGACCAUGAAAUUUUGCUUUUUUGAGAGAGGUUGGCAGGAUAUGGAAUAGAAUUGAAUCGAAGUACAUAUACGGUUGCGGGUAGGAGAGCGGGAUCGAAGAUCAGAAGCAGGAAUCCUCAUACUCAAAUUUCACAAGAACGCAUGACCCAUUCCACCCUAAUAAAAACGACAAAAUAACAAAUUAUAACUUCCCACUCAAUAUAAAAGCUAUCAUGUGACUAAUCAUGUGACUAAUCAUGUGAUAGUCUUAACUUAUACAUGUACAUUUGCAUUUUGGCCACUGUUAGGUGUGUUGGAGGUAUUGCAAGCAAGUAACUCUCACUUAGAGAAAAUUCACAGAUGUUUAGAGGUGAAUUUCCAUAGUAGAUUUAAUAAAAACAUUAUAACUCUUAAAUAAUCCAUCGGUGAGAAUACCGGUGAUAUUCUUAUGGCCAACAAUUCACAUUAGAUAGUAAUCAGAAGCUCGAAAAGACUCGAGUAGGGAUUUUUUUAUUUGACACCAAAUUACCAGGUUUAUAAUCAUAAGACAUGUAUGGCAAACCGAGUGGAGAGAAUUUAGAUUUAGUCCUUGGAGGUUGAAGCGUUGUAAAAGACGACUUCUUUUUUGUUAUUUUUACGAAUUGGGAGCUUAGUCGUCUCCCAUAAGAGCUCUUGAGACUUUCGUGUGCUUUAAAGAUGUUUCGCUGUAUUUGUGUUUAUUAUUUGUACGUAAUGUUUCUGGUUUUUUUUUAAUGUUAAGGACUACCUUGAAACAAAGAGACUGGUGUUUGCGAGAUUUUACUUCCUUAGCAAUGAAGACUUGCUUGACAUUUUGGCCAAUAGCAAGAACCCCAAUGCUGUUCAGGUGUGUAAACUAUCAUAUACAUAGACAAAUCCUUUGUUUUCCCCAGGAACCGAAGAAGGGUUUUCAGUAAGAAUCAGAGUAGGUGAUAAAGUUUAGGAAUGAGCUUUGGGGGGUGGGGGGUGGUCAGGGAGUUCUCCAAGUGAUAAUUUUAAAAGUUUUGACCCUCUUAACCCUUUACACCCUAACAUCAGUAUGCAUAUUCUCCAUACUACUCCCUAGACAUUUCCCAGGGUUCUUACGAGGAGAAUUUGUUGAACAAUCAAGAGCUUCCCAGUUUAGUUGGUGAUCAUUUCCUUUAUUCUCAUGACCUUAAUGUUUGAUUCAGGGGUGAUUUUGUAAGGAGAAAUUAGAUGUUAGUCACUCUUAGGGGUUAAAGGAUUAAACAUAUUCUUCGUAUCCUUUAAAUUGAAGUAUGUCGACGUGCUGUAAAAUCUUGGGUAAUGUCUCAAUCAAAUUGUAGAUGGAAAACGUAAGAUAUAUACAAGAAUUUUGACGGCUGCCAGAUGCUGUUAAAAAAAACCUACCUAAUUUUGUUCUCUUUUUGCCUUUUUCUUUCUACAACAGCCUCACCUGAGGAAGUGUUUUGGGAGCAUUUAUCAGCUGGGCAUUGUUCGUCAAGUACACUCGCCAGCGCAGAUCCAGAACAUGACUUCAGAGGAAGGGGAAAGUGUAUUACUGCCUAAGUAAGAAAACAAACCUUUUCAGUUUACUUUAAGCUUGUUCUAAGGCGUUGCACUGAUUAGGCAAACCUUGCUCUAGGGAAAAGCCGUGGGAACGAGUUUUUGAUAUUGCCUUUUUUGUUUGUUUCAUUUCUUGUGGAAUUAACAAUUAAGAUUGGCCUUAAUCUGUUAGAUCCACUGUUCCUGGCUUGCGUUCAAACACAUCGAACUCAAUCUUCUGUAAUCACAAGUUAAUGACUUUACCAAAAUGUUGUGUCCGGUUGUUAUUGUCUGCUUGGCGUCUUUUGACCUCAGCCUUCUCUUUUCCUCCAAUAGAACUUUAAGAGCGAGAGGAAACGUGGAGUCAUGGCUGUACAAUGUCGAGCUUGCUAUGUAUGAGACUGUCAAAAUGUAAGUAUCCUUUUUAGUAGCGUGAUGCUCAGGCAGUCUCCUAUUUAUGUUUGUGUUCCAGAGGUUCAAGGUCAGUUCUUAAAUCGAUGAAUGAAGGGAAUGAGUUUCUAAAGUAACUGUGGUGCUGCGUUAGUGAGGGAGUAUAACAGGGUAAUUUGCUAUUAUCAGCUGAGUUGGCCACUGUGAAGAGUUUCAAAGCUGAUGUUUCGAGUGUUAGCCCUUCGUCGUUCACUCUGAUGUGGCCAAUUUACGUUAUCAGCUCAGGUGAUAAUACCAAAUAACCACAUUUCUCAGAUCGUUUUUUUUUAACUGAAUAGCUUCAACGUUUGUUUUCUGUUUAUACGACAGGCACUUAAAAAAGUGUUUAGUGGAUUAUGGUACAAGAGAGUAUUCUGCGUGGGUUUUGGCUCAUCCGGGACAAGCAAUACUGACUGUAGUAAGUGAUAAACUUAAAACACAAGGGAAUAUUAUUAUUUUCCAAGUUUUCCUCCUUUUAGUUUCUUCGACUUGAAAUUCAGGGAUGUUUAAGUUCAACACAAUAUCAAAAAGUACUAAAUGUUCUUUCGCCCUAUUGCAAGUUUGUCUCUCUACCACCUUUGCGAGUUUGCCACCUGUAAUAAAACAACUCCACCCCGCCUUUACCAGUUCGCCCUCAAGUCUUUCAACUCGUUUCGCACCAGUAGAACGUGUUAUAUCAACAUUGAUUAACAUGCACUCUCGUCCUGACAAGUUUUAUCGGUAAUCUCUUUCUGAAUUUUCAGUAUUUCCCUCCCGAAUUUUCAUUCACAAUUGGCGGGUUGAUGGAUAAACUUUUCAACGCAUGAAUUUAAUAAAUAUUUGCGCAUUUUUAAUCUCUUUAAGUAUCAAAUUAAAUCGGUAAAUGUCAAAUUCUGUUCUCAUUCUAGUCUCAAAUUGUCUUUAAUCGUGACGUACUGACGUGUUUCCGUACAACAAGACCCAAAGAAGCUCUUCAGAACAAGAGAGAAAAACUAGUCUCAGUCCUCCACAGUCUAUCACAGAUGGUAACGUCAUCACUAGUUCCUCACAAGCACCAAACACUCGAGGCCCUGUUAACAAUUGAAGUGCAUGCCCGUGAUGUCCUAGACUCCAUGAUUGCUAAUCAGGUCUAUCAGAUGGAGGAUUUUCAGUGGACCAGGUAGCGGCACAAAUAUUUGUUACAACCCGUCAAAAAGUAGUUGACACAGAACUCGCUAUCUUUUCUGUGGUAGAUGAGGAGUAAAGUAAAUAGCACUUGCCCUUUUCUGUCAUUAAUGAAAUUUUCAAUUGAGUGACGACAGUAACCCGGGAAUUCUUUGUUUUCCGCUUUACUUCGCUCUGUGAUUGGUCCAGAAAACUCACCCACUCUCUCAACCAAUCAGAUGCAAAAGUAAAACCAAUCGUGGCUUUGCCGCCCGCGUUUUCCCGCACUUUAGGCAGUUUGGUCGGUUUUUCUUGAAGUUCUCGUUUGCUUUUCAGGAUAUUUUCCUUUCCUCAGACUGGCUUUUGUGAUUACUGUGGUUUUGGUUUUUAGGACACGCAAUCGAAAGGCGCUCUAUUCAAUUAAAACAUGAUUCAGUGGAGUGGUUAAAUUUUGCACAACGAGUAGACGUACUCCUAAACAAACUAGAUCAUUCACGCUCGAUUUCUAUGCGUGAAUUGUCGCCCCCAGGAUUCUAUCCACAUACACAAUGGUGUGGGAAAAAAGAAGGCUGAUGCUUAAUCAAAGUUUCUUAUCAUGCCAUAAAGACCGAAAUUGUCUUCGGAAAGGUUUUCAACGGCAAAUUCUCUCUCAAUGCUCUCCAUCUGGCAAUGACUCUUAAAAUACCUUGGUACUUAGAGCUCUAAUACCACUCCCCUAUUUGCCCACUGAAGUAGAAGUAACUCUCUAACAGGCAGGAAUGCUCUUAUUUUGUAGGCAACUGCGUUACGAGUGGAAUGACGAGCGGCAAGCCUGUAUGGUCCGUCACAGUAAUGCAGUGUUUGAAUAUGGGUAUGAAUAUCUCGGCUGUUCGCUUCGGCUGGUCAUUACCCCACUGACUGACAGAUGUUAUCUGACACUGACUGGAGCACUCAAUCUUCAUCUUAAUGGCGCUCCUGCCGGACCGGCGGGGACUGGUAAAACAGAGACUGUUAAGGAUCUUGCCAAGGUAUUUACUAAAAAGUACUUACUUUUCGUAAAGAAUACUGAUGUAUUGUCUCGUAACGAGGGUGGGGCAAGUAAUAUAUAUAUAGAAAAUGUUUCGUCUCAUUCCCGUCAUAGGACGAAAAAAAACACCUUUCUACAAUCAUCAUCAGCUCAAAAUUUCCAUGGUUUUCGACAUUGCUAAUCCUUUCAGAAUUAAGGACGCGUGUCUUGUAUGGAGCAAAUAAUGGGUGAACUUUCGUAGAGUUCUCUAAAGCCCAAUGGGAGAGAAUUGGGGCACGAACUCCAAAGGUCGUCUUAGGUUUGAUUCCUCAUGGGGACUUAGGUUUUCAUACUUUGCCCCAUUCUGUCCCCUUUGCUCUUGUGCGUAAUGGCGAAUGAUUUCUCCUGAAAAACUGUCUUUCCAGUGAACUGACACACUCAUGUUAUGUUUGGUUUUCAGGCCAUGGGAAAGCAGUGUCUUGUGUUCAACUGUUCUGAAGGACUUGACUAUAAGGUAACCAGAUAUUCAGUGUUCUAAUGAGGAUUAUCUCUCAGUGAUUACUUGUUCAAAUGACGUGCUCUGCAAUUUGCUGUCGUUUGUCUUGAAAAGAAUUGCAACUGGCCGUAAAGAUUGUUUCAAUAAAUGUCAUCCUAAUUCGACGAGGGAAGACGUAUUUAUUUUGUUGCUCUCUUAAGACACGUGUAGAUGAGACUCAGAGGAUUCCCGGGAAUGAGGAAAUAGGGAAAAGGAAUACUUGCACUCCAAAGUCGUUCUUUUACUGAAAAAUAAUCCGCGAUCGUAGUUGUGACACCGUUAAAGUUUUCUUUAGCGUAAUUUCUUUCUUUAUGUUCCGCGUCAGUAAGUGUGACACUUUGUCUAACUGCCUGUUAGGACUCUGAAAAGAACCUGAUUCUCUAGGCACACUGGAAAAUGGGAGCUUACGCACAAACGUUUUUGAGACGCGGACGGCAGUAGGAAGUUAAAGGUUCUCAUUCUUGCUGCUCAUUACGCCUUUUCAAUCAGCACACUUUGGUUUAAAAUGCUUCAACGACGACCUUACGGUCAAUACAUUGGCGUCAAAGCGCUCCAGGAGUAGUUUAAAAACGUUUCUACUUAAGUUCUCUAUUAUGAACUUGAAAACGUCGAGGCUAAUGAUACACUUUUUGUGAUAAAAAUAGACAUUGACAUAUUUUAUGUUGAACUUGAAAGGGUUUCACCUCAUGACUGUAUUUUUUUGUGUUUGUUUGUGUACUAGAUGAUGGGCAAGUUUUUCUCCGGUUUAGCUCAGUCUGGAUCGUGGUUCUGUUUUGAUGAAUUCAAUCGUAUCGAUGUAGAAGUGUUGUCAGUCAUCGCUCAACAGCUUCACACUAUUAAAACAGCUAAAGAUAAUAACGUUACCAGGUGAGGCAGGUCAAAUUAGCAGAACACGGUCGUCAAACUUCUGCACAUUGUAGAGGCUAGCGGGUUUGCUUUCAGGGUGUCAAAACCAAGUUUUCCUAGAAACAACCACAGAGGUAGAAAUUUUCUGGUGAAGUUCAUAACAAAAUGGUGAAUCAUGAUGAAAUUAAAUAAGCUUUUUGUACCAAUAGUCUCGAGUUUUCCUUUUCCCAACGCUUUGUUUUGCAGAUUUCAAUGUUUUUACUUGCAUAUUUGGCAUGAGAGCGGUUAUUUCUUAUGUUUUCCUUUGUAAUUUUUUAUUUUUUUGUGGGCCAAAAUUGAUCCUCUGGCGCAUUCCCGACGUUUGACCACUGUAUUAAAAAGCAGUUAUUUUUGUUAAAAGUGCUAGCAUAAGUUUCAUUUUAACUUACUGAAGCGAAGUUUAGAUUUUUACUAUCGUGGGUUAUUAUCUAACUCGCCAUUCCGUUUUUCUAUCACACCGCUGGACAGGUGCACUGCAUAUGACAUCAAAUGGCUCCGCCAUUUUACCCGCUGUGGCGUUUGGAGACGUGCUUGGAUUUGAAUAAGGUCUUUGAUUGAUUCUCAACCCCCUGUGUCACAUAGGGAACAGGCAGAUUUAAAGUUUGCUGUGACACUGUGUGCUGUGACUUUAGAACACAAUAAGGAUGCAAAUUUAUAAGAUGUGAACUGAAAAAUAAAGACUUUCUGUUUCACCAGUAAUUUGUUUUAUUUCGUAAUUAAACGCAUUUUUUAAUCCAAAUUAUAGCGGUGAGGCCUGUCACCUUUUCUCUUUUCUAAUCUAAUAUGUGAACUCGUUUGUUUUACAGGUUUCUGUUUGAGGGACGGGACAUAAAGCUGAAUACAAAUUGUGGAAUGUUCAUCACAAUGAAUCCAGGGUAAGCAAGAGAGCAUAUUCCAAUUUAGUGUUGUAAAACGUCAACCAAAAGAACCGCAACAGCCAAUAAACAGAAACAAAAACACCUUAAAGAACUCAAGGUAAAAACAAGCAAAGUACUUAAAGCGCGGGAAAACGCAGACAACCAAAUCGUGAUUGGUUUUAAGUUUUGCAUCUCAUUGGUUGAGAAAGAGGGGCGAGUUUCCAGGACCAAUCACAGAGCGAAUCGAAGCAAAACCAAUGCAGUGCCUGAUUACCGACUCUCAAUUGAAAAUUGCUCACUCAAGAAGGGUUUUACUUAAUGAUUUGAAGCUGAUCGUAAAGGAUCUCGUAAAUUGAACUAAUUCUGGAACCUGAAAUAAUUCGAAUUGUUUCUUUGUUUUCAGAUAUGCGGGUAGAGUCGAGCUGCCAGACAAUUUGAAAUCUUUAUUCCGUCCAGUUGCUAUGAUGGUACCCGACUAUGCGUUAAUCGCCGAAAUAAUCCUGUUUUCUGAAGGAUUCACUGCCGCUGCGUUGUUAUCGGGAAAAGUUGUGAAUCUUUAUCAACUAGCAAGCAAGCAGCUUUCUCAACAGGUAACAAAGUUCUAAGGUGAUUAACGUUACUCCAGAUAGUGGACAAAUAUAACUUUUAUGCCGGUUUUUUAUUUUGUUCUAUGUAUUACGAAAGUAGACAAUAGCUUUCAUAUGAGUGAUUUCAAACUAGGAUUCGAACGAACUAACUAACACUCGAAAUAUGAGCUUGAGAAACCCUUUGCGUUGGCCAAUUUCCAUUCUCAACUCAGCUAAUUAAAUCAAAUCAUCUUGUUAUACACUAAAUACCUCGUGCAACAUAAUGAAUAGCACUACGUGGAAUUGCUACUUAGUGGCUUUCCUUUGACUGUUUACUCGCCUUUGUUUCUUGAGAUACUUCAAUGUAAGAGCUAUUUCUCAUCUCGUAGGAUCACUAUGACUUUGGGUUACGAGCGAUAAAAUCAGUUCUACUAAUGGCUGGACAGCACAGAAGGGCUGCAAGGUAAUUAGCAUCCUUAACAACGCAUUUCGAUCAAGUGUCGUUAAAUUAACGCUGAAAUAAUUUCAUCAGCCAAUCAGGACAAAAUGUGAUAUCCCAAGGAACCAAUGAGAACUCAAAGUCAAAACAAGCAAACUGCCUAAAGCGCGGGAAAACGCGGGUGACCAAGUCGAGAUUGGUUUUAGCUUUGAAUCUGAUUGGUCGAGGAAAGAGCGUUGGUUUAUUGGACCAAUCACAGAGCGAAGGAAAGCAAAACCAGAGCAAAACUACACUUGUUUUAAUUCUCCUAGGCGUUUACUUUGCACACCUUUUUGAGCUUUUCAUUUAAAUAAGAUUAUAAAUCUAGACCCGGAAUAUUUGUGAGACGAUGGUUUCAUCAAUUUCGCCACCAGUUCGCUUGACGGUGCAUGAAAAAUAAAAGUAGAAUUUAUCAAUCGAUCAUUGCUAGGAGAGAAGGUAAUAGCGUAUUGCUAUUCCAGACAGGCUCAACUCCAAUGUGGUAAAUCCUAAACUUCGAGAGAGAAACAAGUUGAGACUGACUGAUUCGAUUCAUAAUACCUCCUUAAUCUCUUUCAGUCUUAACAUGGCGUCUGAGACAUUGCAAGAGGAAGAAUCACACCUGAUUAUAAACGCAGUGAAGGACGCCAAUAUUCCCAAGUUUGUCGCAGAGGAUGUUCCACUGUUUAAGAGCAUCUUGGCAGACUUGUUUCCUGGUUUAGAUCCACCAGUUCCGGACAACAAGUUGCUGAAGGUGAAAAUAGAAUACUGAGUAUAUGCCGUAAAGUUCCCAAGUUAACCCUUUACACCCUAACAUUAGUAUACAUAUUCUCCAUACUGUUCUCUAGACAUUUCCUAAGGUGCUGACAAGGAGAAUUUGUCAAACAAUCAAGAGUAUCUUUAGUUGGUGAUCAUUUACUUAAUUCUUGUGACCCUAAUAUAUGAUUCAGUAGUGAAAUUGUAAUGAGAAACUAGAUGCUAAUCAUUUAAGGGGUCAAAGGGUUAAAUGGAUUGAUCGCAAACUGUCGUCAUCGUUUGUACCCAGCCUUGUUCUCUUCUGAUUUAUUUAUAGUUCGUUCUGCUUUUCUAACUUAACAAAGUAUAUUUAGUUGAUUUUUUUCCCCUACAUAGUCGAUUCUGUUCGUCGCAAAUCAUAGUUUUCAAUAAAAGUCGAUUACCGGUGGUCGACGUCGCCAAUAAGACCUCUUUCGCCCGCGCCUAGGCUUUCGUGUUUGGGUUCCGCUACACGGCCGUUUUCCUAUGCAAAAAGUUACUGUGAACCUUGCGGGAAAUUUGUCUCAUUGAAGUGUCCUUUAGCUCUGUAAAAUUUCUCUAUAUUUUCAAGCGUAACUAGUACUCAUUUGUGUGGUGGACACAAUCUGGAGUAAGCACCGAAGGCAGGGUAUUAUUGUUUUAAAGUUUUGAGUUAUGGUUUGACAACACCUUUUGGAUUUCUUAUUUCAGAAAGCUGCUAAGGCCGCCCUAGGCGAAUUGUCUAUUCAGUAUUGGCCCUCGCAGAUCGACAAGGUGAUUCAGUUGAACAGCACAUUACAAGUGCGGCAUGGUGUGAUGUUGGUUGGACCAGCUGGUGGCGGAAAAACCACCACGCGUCAGAUCCUGAAGCGCGCGCUGGUCGUAUUGCCGAGCAUUCAAGCGCGGGAACAGCUGGAAAUGAAAGGGACUGGGGACUACCCUGAAGAGACUGGAUCGUCAAAGACAGCCCAAUCUCACGCGGUACGAGAAUUUGCAUGCGUUUUAUUUUCAUUAUAGGUCAGUUUUAUCGUUUAUACCCAGCAGCAGUUUCCGUACAAUGUUGAUAUACUUUUAAGCGGAGAGUGAAUGAGACGCAGAUCCAGAUGAGCCGUUUGGUUCGAUGACUCAUUCCACUUUUUUCUUUACCUUGAUGAUGCCAGAAAAUCCAUGCUUUUUAAAUCAAUUCAUGCUGUUGUUUUGUCUCUUUGUUCAUCUCAGCGCGCCGCCAAAGCGAGGCGUGGCUCAGUCUAUGUAUCCACUCUGAACCCCAAGUGCGUGACAGUAGGUGAGCUAUAUGGCGAGGUGAAUUCCACGACUAUGGAAUGGAAAGAUGGCCUCUUGUCUCACAUUUACCGUAAAUAUGCUAAGAAUAGUAGAGGAGUCUUACAAGGAACCAGACGAAAGCAGUCGAGCACACCUCCUGCUAACGCAUUCAGAUUAUCAAGGAAUUCAUCGGCCAAGUCUGCUGUCACUAGUGUGUCGGCUAUCAGCGGUGAGGAGAACAGUGAAGGUGAGAGUUUGCUUUACGAUGAACUUGUUGUGACUGAUAGAUUGCUUUUCGAUUGAGUAUCAUAUAAGAAAAAACCAUAAUGAUCACAACGGCCAAUCAGAAGGUAGGAAAAUACCUCAAAGAGCCAAUGAGAACUCAACUACUUGAAGCGCGCUGAAGUGCGUGAGUGACCAAGUGCCUCUGAUUGGUUGAAAAAAUGGCGGGAAUUUUCUGGGCCAAUCACGGAGCGAAGUAAAGCAAUACCAAAGCAGUCUCGGAUUAUUUUUGACACUCAAUUGAAAAUUGCUCUGUAAACAUCACAUCUGAACUUUGUUUUUGUGACCUUUAACCCAUAAUUCAGAUUCAUCUACUUUUCAUUCUUAAAAUAGCGACCUCUCUAGUCGUAAGUAAAACCAGUGAGAAAACUAGCGACCCUCAGAAGAACCCGGAUCAAGAACCAUUUUGUAAUCGUCGCAUGUUUAUGAUCCAUUUACAGGAGGAGCUCUUAAGUUUGGUUGAGAAAACUCGCACCAGCCCCUCAUCCAAUCAGACGUAAAAAGGGACUCGGUUACCCGGAUUUUACCGUGCUUCCAAGGAAUGCACGUGUUUACUUCGAGAUCUCAUUGGCUCAUGAUAUUUUGCCUUGUUCUCAUUGGCUGUAAUGUUCACUUUGCUUUUGGUUUGAAAAACGCUCGAAAUUAUUAAGACAACAUUACACCAGGUUAGGGAAAUUUUUCGAAUACUUUUUUUGAAAAGCACUCAAAUUGUUUCUUCGCCAGUUGAAACAGCGACCGCGACAGAAGACGCCAGUAACAUUAACAGAGAGGAGACGCCCAUUUUUUGGCACUGGAUUGUGAUGGACGGACCUGUGGAUACACUCUGGAUUGAAAACCUCAACACCGUAUUAGAUGACACAAAGGUGAUAAGUGAAACCUCGUUCCCAGUGUCUCUGUUUUCCCCUUAAGAACAAGAACCUUACAAACAUUGCGUGACAUUAAACUGAAUUGAGCAUUUCCUAUUGCGUGACAGGUGUUGUGUCUUGCCAAUGGAGAGAGGAUAGAAAUGGGUCACGGGAUGAGGAUUUUAUUUGAGGUUGACAAUCUGGCCAUGGCGUCUCCUGCUACAGUCAGUCGUUGCGGAAUGGUAUACAUGGUAAAAAAUCUACUUCUUUCUUCUUACGAUUAACAUAGCUUCCGAACAACUUGCAACUCUGAUUCACAGCUACUUUGAAGAUAAUCAGAUAUGGCCUGCCGUCAAUACUGAACUCGUGACUGACGAUAAAUGAUUUAAUAUUAGCGUCGAAACAAUUUAGAAUGAACAUCUUUCCCAUGCGCUCAUUCAAAACUUCUGAAUUGUUUCCAGGAACCUAAGGAUUUAGGUUGGAGACCGUACGUUAAAACAUGGAUUCAGAGGCUCAAGGAGCAAACAAAGGUAAACUAACUAAAGGACCAAAAAAAAACUGUGUACUCACCGAAAAAAACUGUGUACUCAAUAUCUAAUUAAAAUUAACUUUUAAUUUCAUGUCAUAGAGAAAGUUGUUGGAGAUACUUCUGUUACUUUCGUUGUCCUCAUAGUGGGAGAUACAGCGGCUAACGCCCGGGACUCCGGAUCGAGAGAUCUGGGUCUAGCCCCGGCCAGCAGUAGUUGUGGUCGUGCGCUUUACUUUUACCUCGCCACCUCAGAGUUUACACCGAAUACGAAUAGGGCAGACUUCUCGGUCGGCCUGGGUUGAGUCGCACGUAAGCGAGGUUAGUAAGGCUAAUGACUCAACCCAGGCUGACCGAGUAGUCCGCUCUAAUUGCAUUCUGUCUGUAAUUAGGGAUUGGAGAAUUGUGAGAGAGAGUACAGAAGGGGAGGCUGGCAGUUGAAUAGUCUGUAAUUAGGGAUUGGAGAAUUGUGAGAGAGAGUACAGGAGGGGAGGCUGGCAGUUGAAUGGUUCCCGUUUAACCCUUAACACUCAUAGUCUUCAUACUAUUCUCAAGGAGAACUUUUCAAACAAUCAACAGUUCUUAAGUUUGCGAUCAUUUCCUUUAUUCUCAUGACCUUAAUGCGUGAUUCAUGGGUGACAUUGUAAGGAGAAGUAAAGUGCUUAUCAAAUUAGGGGCCAAAGGGUUACGCUCUUGGAUAGAUUUUAAUUAUACAAAGAGAGUGUCUGUUUCUAAGUGGAUUUCAGCGAGAAUAUUUCUUCAUUGAUAAUUAUUUAUCAUAGGAUUUUUCUCUUUAAAGUUUUGUUUGGUUUAACGCGUUUUUCUUUGUUUUGACCAGCUCCCCAGAGAGAUAUUCAAUCAUCUUCUCCAGUUAUUUGAACACAGUGUAGACACAGGACUUCGCUUCCUUUCCAACUACAGCCAGCUACAAUACAUCAUAGCACCGGAUCUUAGCAUUGUUUCCACUCUCUGCAGUAUUAUCAGCGGUUUUUUAGAAAUCAUGUACAGCCAGGGUGGUUUCCCUGCUAGCGAAGCUCCGAGUACUGUCGAAGAUGGAGCAGAAUUGUCGGAAACAACUUCGGCUAAAGCCGUCACGUUUGCCGAUGACUUCGAACAAGAAAUCAUUCCUAUUCGGAAAGUGUCUUUCAUACAACGCAAUCCUUCCCAGCUUUUAAGCUUUCUCGGAAAAGUGUAUGUUUUUGCAUAUACGUGGGCAUUUGGGGGAAAUCUUCGUUUUGAAUCAGUUGUCGAUGAUGAAGAAAGUGGAGAUACCUUUGCAAAAGACAGUCCACAAAUUUGGGAAUUGUUUGAUACAAUGACUCGUGAUUUGUUUGAUAUCGACUCCCCGAUCGGUGUUCGAUUACCCCCUGGAAACGACAGCAUGGCUAAUUACUUCAUUGACAUGGAGAGCGGACAGUUUAUACUGUGGAGCAGUCUCGUUCCUUCGACUCGCGCAUUGAUAGCCAAGGCCGUGUCUAAUCAAUUUGCCAUCUCAGAUACUCUCAACACUCUAGACGAUCCCCCUCCCAUGAAAAAUCAGCUUGAGAUCGAUCGUUCCCUUGUUCCAACCGUUGACACAGUCCGGUACGCGUUUCUUCUCUCGUUGAUGGCGUUAAAAGGACAACCGGUUUUGCUAACCGGAGAAACCGGUGUUGGGAAAAGUGCAUUGAUCCAGGACACGUUGGUCCGGUUGUCCCAAUCGGGUGGGAGUGGAACGAACACGGGAACGAUCUUAGGAGCAGUGUUUCGAACAGGAGGGAUGAACUUGGUUGAUAGCAUUAUGGAUAUGACAGCCUCUGAAGGGGUGAAGAGUGUAGGGCGUGGUUCUGAGGUGGUGUUCGACUCCACGCUUUUUUCGGCUUAUACAAGCUCUUCAAAGGCGCAGAAGUUUAUUGAAUCGAAGUUGGUGAAGAGAGGAAGGGACGUCCUGGGACCGAGACCAGGAAAAAAGGUUCGUCUGUUAGAAAUUUCUACUGUCUUUCUUUUUCACUCUUAAGUGUGCAGCAGAUAAAGGGAAGUGGGAAAUGUAAGGUAACGUUCGAACAACCAAAGAAAUUUACCUUUGUCUUGGAGCGCGCUGAUAGUUCGUUUGAUUGAAAUUAAGGCUUGAUUAUUCUCUUGGUUGUACCGUCACCUGUUGAAGGCAGUGUUCAGAGAGCCACAGAUAUACCCUCCGCAACACAAGUUCAGUUAUGCCUCUUCCUUACUAUUCGCCAUUCUCGUAGCAAAAGCAAGUUAUUUGAUAAAUGGUUUUGCCUAUUACGAUAGGUUCUUCUCUUUGUUGACGACAUCAAUCUACCUCAACCCGAUGCGUUCCAGUCCCAGCCCCCUCUGGAGUUGCUCCGUCAGUUCCUUGACUCUCAAGGUUUCUAUGACUCUACAAAGCUUCAGUGGAAGGAGGUUCAUGACGUCACACUAUUAGCGGCUUGUGCUCCCCCAGGGGGAGGAAGAAGUGCUAUUAAUGGUCGGCUGCUGAGGCAUUUCAGGUAGGGUGUGUAAUCAGAGAAUUGCCUAGGGCGGUUUCGAUCAGAUUUCGAUCGAGUUUCGUUAAACCAAACACAAAGUAAUUACAACAGCCACUCAGAACAAAGAAGAAGUAGUUAAUGAGAACUGGAGUGAAAAAAGGCGAAGUCAAAAAACUUAAGCAAUCCUGGAUUACUUUCAACACUCCAUUUAGAUUGGCUCUUAUCAGGAGAUUAUGGAUUUAGGGAUCAGUCAGUCCAUGCUAUUUUUUUUUUCAUUCUACUUCCACGUGCAAUGGGAAAUUUUUACAAUGAAUCUGACUACCCAUCGUAUUUUAAAUAAAAUGUCCCUUGAUAUAAGCCCCUAGGGGUGCUUUUCUUGUCUUCCCUCCCGCCCUCUUGAUUUUUCUUUCGAAUUCGUGAUUUCUUGCCCCCCUUCUCCCAUUCCGCAAGACCUUGUACUUGUUAUAUCAUGGAUUGGAGGACAUCCUUUUAUUUCCUAGUGUGCUUUAUCUUCCUCAUCCUGACUCCAAGUGGCUGCAUCAUAUCUACGUCACACAGCUUGGACGCUUUUUGGAAAAAGCCGACUUUGUACCUGAUGUGCGGGACGCCUGUGAGGUUAUGGUGACUGUUGCUAUGGGGCUGUACUUUGAUCUUAGUGCCAACCUCCUCCCCACCCCAGCUAAGUCACAUUAUACUUUCAAUCUGCGCGACUUAAAUAAAGUAAGUGAAUGAAGCACAUAUCGUUAUUCAAUUAAAUGUUAUUUUUUUUAAAGAAAAUCAUGACGGGAUAGCAAAGGUUUCAGGUGAAUACGCUCUGUGAUUGGUCCAGAAAACUCGUUUCGUUCUCUUGGUCUCUCAGAAAAUCACAUGCAAAACUAGAAUCAAUUGUGAAUUAUCCAGUGAUCAGGCUCUCAUAGGCGGUACGACAGGAAUGAAGCGGUCAAACGACGGCAUUUACGGAAGAAUCGAUUUUGGCCGGCCGCGCACCAAUUUGACCGCUUAGUUGCCUGUGCUAGGCUUUCCUUUCUUGUCGCAGCGUCUAUGAGAGCCACCGUCGUUUUUCUCCGCCUCAAGUCUUCAAGGUAUUUCCAGUAAGCUCUAAUAAGAUCCCUAAAUUACUUCAUUGAAUUUUCCGACUGGUCUUUGUGGACACUUAAGUUUUGCUUUAACUACCCGUUAUAUUAUGUAACGGUAUUGUACGUGACUGAAAAGCUCUUGACUUUGCGCUGACUUAAUUAAGUUUUUUUGCCUUGAACUCUCGUCGUAUUAUUUACAGGUUAUAGAAAGCUUGUUACAAGCCCACCCAUCCGUCAUCACAUCACGUGACCACUGCGCUCAGUUGCUCGGCCACGAAGCCUCACGAGUGUUGCACGAUCGGCUCACGAACGAUGCUGACCGACGAUACUUCUACAGAGUGUUGUCGGAACAGCUCCGCAAUGGGUUCAAGACACGCUGGAGUGCUGAGGAACUGGAAAAAAGGCCGUUGAUCUUUGGGGAUUUUCUGGAAGGAAGUGAACCACACAGCCCUCGAGUGUAUCGCUCUGUGCGCCAAUAUGAUCGAUUGCCUCAGAUCUUAGAGGUGGGUUUCGCUUUGAACCCUUUAACUUCCAGAAGUAAUAAAUAUAAUAUCCCCCUAUAAUAUUCAUACAUUAUCCCGGAAACAGGUAAUAAGGAUACUCAAAAUUAUCAGGAAGGGGUUGCUAACUUGUUACAGUGUAUUUCAACUGUACUAUUUGGUAGAAUACAAUUCUAGUUACUUGUCGAAACCUUUCGUCAUAUCAGUGAAUGGACUAUUACAGUUACACUAACACUGUAUCAAUGUGAUGGACUUUUAAUGGUGAUGGACCCAGUGAUAAAAAUGACAUUCUAAAAAUGUCACCAACUUCUGAUGACUAAUUUGCAAGGAAAUCACGGUGAAGCAGCUAGAGGGGAGAAUUAACAACCAGAUUUUGGGAGUUAAUCGAAAAGAAGCAAACAGAACUUCAAACAGUCGUGAUGAGUGAGGGAUGUGUUAUUUGUUUCAAGGCGUAAGUGUUUUGAGGAAAACUUGAGUAUUAGUGUUUUCCCAAGGCAUUAUACAUACAGAUUGGGACAAUCGAGAAAAAAAGAUCGUUCAUAUUCAGAUAAGCUUGAGCUCCUUUCUCUGACAGACUGAUGAUUUCCACUCGUGGCCUUAACCCUUAAACUGUCAGAAGUGAUUUAAAUGUAACUUUUCCGUACAAUUCUAAUCAGUUAUCUUGUAAAAAGGUUAUGAGAGCAGAAAAUCUUAUCAACUGGAGGGCGUUAUUUUGGAAUGAGACCAUAUUUUCAUGUGUUGUUUUAUGAGGAAAAGUAUAGCAGUUAGAAGGAAGAAUUGUUAAGUGGAUCUUGGGAGCUGAAGGGUUAAUUGAAAACUACAACCACCUCAUUGAACAGUCUUUGACUGAUGGAGUGUUCUUCUUUGCCAGGAAUACUACGACAAAGCCAACCUAUCAGGGGGGAGUGUGGAGCAUCGUUUUGUUUUCUUCGACAUGGCAGUACAGCACGUGACACGGGCGGCACGUGUUUUCCGUCAGCCUGGGAAACACAUGCAGAUGGUCGGGGUUGGGGGUACCGGCAAAGCCACGGUUGCUAAGCUAGCAGCGUUUAUUGAAGACUGCGUGUUCUUGAGACCUCAUGUCUCACGAGUAUACAACUUAUCGGAGUUCAGAGACGAUGUGAAAAAAGCUUGUGUCGUGGCCGGAGUAAAGGGAAAGAACACUGUGCUUUUUCUGUCAGACAAUUUGGUUAAGGUCAGUCGAUUAUUCUUUCUUUGAAAACAGCUACAUUUCUUUUGCUCGAUUUUGAGACCUUUUGCCAAAUUCAAGAGACCACCAUUGUGUUUUUCAGUUGAGGGGGGGGGGGGUACAAACUCUUUGGAGAACAAUUUACCAAAUUUACCAAAUUUACCACACCCCACACAACCCGAUACCACAAUAUUCACGUCGACACCCGGGGUGUUUUGUUCUCUGCUUAGAGGGUAUGGGUUUUUGGAAUCAGAGUAAAAGUAGCAUCAAUUUAAUGGAGGUGAUGUGGUUUACUGGUGCCUUACUGUUUAGUUCUGAUUCCACUCGUAUGGAAUGAGAUUUACUCUGUGAUGUGACUUCCUUGUAGGACGAGCUCCUUGAAGAUGUGACGAGUAUCCUAGCUGGAGCUGAUAUAGCCAGCCUUUUCGACCAUGAAGACCUUGAGCGUAUCUCUUUGGAUCUAAGAAGAGAUGCGAUACUUCAAGGCGUUUCAGAUACGAAAGAAGCCAUCUUUCGGUUCUUCCUUGAACGCGUCAAGCAGAAGCUACACUUGGUCCUCUCCACCACCCCCGCGGGAUCCAGUUUUCGGCGGCGUUGCCGCCUGUACCCACCCCUCAUAAACUGUUGUACAAUUGACUGGUUUGACAAAUGGCCUUUGGAUGCGCUUCAGUCAGUGGCCGUGUCUUUUCUGGAGCUUUCAGAACUGGGGAAAGAUCCAGAGUCGAGUGAGGCUCUACUGGAAAGUGUUUCUAAAGUCUUUGUUGAAGUUUUCAAUAGCGUUGAACAGGAGACGCAGAAGUUUUAUGAAGAGUUGCGCCGACGAUAUUACACGACUCCGACAAGUUACAUGGAGUUUGUUCGCUUGUACCUGAGUAAAUUAAACGACAAGCGAGCUGAACUGAGUUUUAACCGCGAUAGAUUGUGUACUGGUUUGCAAAAGCUGUCAGAGUCUAAUGAACUGGUGGGCACAAUGCAAACUGAGUUGUUACAAUUAGGGCCUAAACUCGAGAACAAAGCUAAGGUAUGUAAUCUUCCGAGGUUUUCAAUUUUGUUUGUUUGUUUGUUUUGUUUGUUUCGAUGCGUGCGCUAAAGUGCGUGGGUAGUAUAUUGCUUCGUCCUUUCCUUCCUUUUUUUCUGCAUGUUUUCUUGUGUCUGUCUGUUUCAGUGUGUCUGUGUGUCCGUCAUUUGUUUUAUCUCUGUUUUGUUCUUUUUAUCUCUUUCAAUCGUUAACGAGUUUGCCAUUCCAUUCUCACCUUCCUGUCUUUCAUUCUACCUUUCUUCUCUCCUUUUCUCUUUUAGACGGAUGCGUCUUCUGAGUAUAUCAUCUCUUUUUACCAUCUCACUUACUUUAUUUACACACACAAAGCUUUGACUUUGUUGAUCCCAGCAAUAUGAGAACUCGUAUCACAUUUAGUGAACCAAGUAAGUUCGUGACGAGACAGAAAAACAUAUUUCUUUAUUUCGUUUCUUGGUGUCAUGAACAGGACGCAGAAAAGCUUCUUGAACAGCUCGCCUGCGACCAGGAAGCAGUGGAUCAAGUACACAGUGUGGUACAAAAAGAGGAAGAAAUCAUGAAUGAGGAAGCCCUUAGAGUGCAGGCGAUAGCGGAGGAAGCUCAGAGGGACCUAGAAGGAGCCUUACCACAACUGGAGGCAGCUAUUGUGGCUCUGGACUCUCUGGAUAAAUCUGACAUUUCCGAGAUCCGAGUGUACACCAAACCUCCUACGAUGGUGAUGACGGUGCUGUCGGCAGUUUGUGUCCUGCUGCAGCAGAAACCAGACUGGAAUUCGGCUAAACUGCUGCUUGGUGAUCAGGGAUUCUUGAAAAAACUUGUUGGCUAUGACAAGAACAGUGUCCCCGAGAAGGUGAGCUCUUCAUGUAACUGGUGGAUAGUGUUCUGUGUAAUUUUCGACUUGUUAUUUGAGACAGGAAGGGUGUGUCUAAGAAUUUGAGGUCUUCAUGUAAUUAGCAGGUAGUGUCGUUUGCAUUGUUUGGCUUGUUAGUUUGGGACAUGCGCAGUACCCUUGAAAAGUUGAGCGCUUAAUAUAACUGGUGGGUAGUGGUUUAUUACUCAAUGCAAAGCGUGUGAUCGCAACACGCGUUCACGUUUACAGUGCUUUUAAGAACGUUGUUGCAUUAUGACUAUUAAAUUAGAAAACACCUUCAGGACAUCUAGCCUUGUAUGUCUAUUGAUACAUAAGGUCGAGAGUGACCUUUUUUUGUGAUAUAGACGAGAAACUAGUGAACAUGACCACAGUAACUUACAUUGAUUUGCUUAUGAAGAAUAGCAGUAUCUGUAUCAUAGUAACGUCACCCUUACCGUCACUGUCGUUCAAAGGCCUGACAGCUAAGCACUUAACUUAAAGAUGAACCAUGAACGGUUCUUGAUAGUCUAGGGCCUACUCCUACCGGCUAGAGGGGACGCUGUGGUUUCACAGUCAGUAGUCUGGACUCCAGGUCGAGCGGUCCUGGUUCGAGACCUGGCCUGAUAAUUGCGCUGUGUGUUGUGUGCCUGGCCUGGUCAUUGUGCCCCCCAUCCAGGAGUUAAAAUGGGUACCGGCGAAUUAUCAGGGAAGUCUAAUGAAAUGCUGGGGGGUAACCUUGGGAUCGGCUAGCAUCCCAUCGAGGGGGGAAUGAUGAUACUUCGCUUCAUGCUGUGGAAACCGGGAUAAGCUCUAGUUGGACUGUUCUCUUGGCUCGAUUACAGCCCUUUUUAUGUGUCCUUGCCGUUUUUUAGUCGACAAAUUCUUUCCUUACACCAGGUCUUCACGCGCCUCAAACGAUACACUCAGCAUCCGGAGUUUAACCCAGAGGCUGUUGGUAAGAUAUCGGUGGCUUGUAAAUCCAUGUGUCAGUGGGUGCUGGCGCUGGAGAAUUACGCUGAGGUGUACAAGAUCGUGGAACCCAAACAGAGAAGAUGCGAAGAAGCACAAGCUGCUCUGGCAAUCGCCAAAGAAAAUUUAGAACAGAAGCAGGUAUGAGAAACGUGCAUUCCUGAAUUCCUCUGCCUUCUUUUGGUUUAUGGCGAAUGCGCCCCAUUGCAUGUUUGCCCCUCACCACCUUUGCGAGUUAACUCAACAGGAAAUGAGUACGUUCUGUGUUAGGAAAAUGGGUCGAAAGAUUUUCGGGCGAACCCGUCAUACGUUAGGGGUCGAACUUGCAGUGGGGCGAAUUCACUAGCUUUCCCUCUUUAUGGUAGUGCAAAAACGAUUCAAACGGUUUUUUUUUUCGAAUAAUUUAGGUUUACAACCGAAGAAAUGCUCACUUUGUAUGUUAGUCAAUAAAUCUGGGCCACAAAGCACAAGAGAAAUAAUGACUUGCGUUUUGGCCCAAGUGAGUUUUAUUUAGAGGCCCUCUCCCUCCCCACUAUGAGAUAAGCCCUACCCCACCCGUCAGAAAACCCGGGUAACUAAUGAGCUACCUUCCCGAGGGCUUUUCAAGGCUCUUACGGAACAAGGUAUAGAGAAGUUAGAGAUGUAUCGGAUGUUUCUUUAGUAAUCUAUACGUGUGGUUAAAAGCUGGUUUUUCUGCCUUUUAGCUAAGUCUGCUGAAAAUCCAGGAACAGCUUCAGCUUCUUAAGCAACAAUAUGAUAGCAGUGUGACACAGCUGGAGGAACUCAAACAGAAGAAGGAGCUUACUAUUGUGAGGCUGAAGAGGGCUUCAGUUCUUACUGCAGCCUUGGCCGAAGAGCAGGUACGAUGAGAAAAAAACUUAGGGACUCUCCUGUAGUUUAGGAUGCCAGUCUUUCGAAGUGGCAUUUCGAAGGCAAUGUUUUGUUACUUCUGCAUUUCUUCUUUGUUGAACUAAUUAACACCUCAGUGAAAUAUUGACGUGAGUGUCCAAAGCAAAACGGCAUUGCCUUGAUUGGCUCAACGUCGCUCGGCGAUUGGUCCAGAAACACGCAACACUUCCUCAAACAGUCAGAUUCAAAGCUUAGCUCCAAUCACGACUUGAUCGAUCGCGUUUUCCCACGCUUCGGGUAGUUUUCUUGUUUUUACUUUAAGUUCUCAUAGGCUCCUUCUGUCAAUUUUGAUUGGCUGUUUUGAUUGCUGUUUUGAUUGGCUGUUUUGAUUUCUUCGGGUUUGCUUUUACGUUACUUGGUCGAAAUACGUGUUAAAAUUUAACUGGCUCUCCCCAGUCUUGUUGCACUGAAAUAAGGGAGGUAUUGUUGGGGCUAAGCGUCUUGCCAGCCCAGCUUGCAUAAGAACGCAACAAAGUAACCUGGCCAUGGUUCAGUUAAACCCACUUUUUCUUUCUCGGGUAUUGCGCGCUAACCCCCAGACCAACGCGUCUUCCACUUAACAUGACUUCAUUCUCGCGGAACUCAAAAUCUUGCGGUCUCAAAUCGAGAUGCAUUUGUAUGCUCAUCGCAUGAGACCUUUUCAUAGGUUCGCUGGAGCAACUCGGUGAGCUCUCAGGAGGAACGCGCCCACGGUCUUAUUGGCGAUACACUGGUGUCCUCUGCAGCGGUGGCUUACCUAGGUGCCUUCACGUCAUCCUACAGGCACCGGCUUCUCUCGCACUGGCUGCAGCUCUGCAAAGCGGAGAACAUCCCAGUGUCGGAAAAUUUUGAACUAACAGAGUUUCUGUCUGAGCCGGUCGAAGUUCAAACUUGGUUGAAUGAUGGGCUACCCCACGAUAAACACUCCAUUGAGAAUGCUGUACUCAUGAAGCAUUGUCGCCGCUGGCCACUCUUGAUCGAUCCGCAGGAGCAAGCGUCUAAGUGGAUCACGCGGACUGAAAAAGAUAACGGGCUCAAGAUUGUCAAGGCCUCGGAUCCAGCCUAUCUCAGGACAUUAGAGAGCGCCAUACCGUUAGGACAACCGGUUCUGGUUGAGGUAAGUAGUAAGAGUUAUUUUCAAUUGAGUAUCGAUGGUGAGAAAGGUUCGCUUUGAUCUCAGUUUACCGCGCUCCAUGACGAGCUUGAAAACAUUGCUGCCACUCACUAAACCAAUCAGAUAUGAAACCGAAAUCCAGCACUAUGACGGACGGACGAGUGCUCGGUAUUAUCUUGGUCAAAAUCAUAGCUGCCAUCUUUGAUUUUUACAAUAGCGGAGGGUUGGGAAGAGAAAGAAAUUAGUACCAAGGGGGUGAGGGACGGUCGAAAAGAAGGAGAGGGGAGGAUGGGGCAAUGAAUAAUACGCGCUUUUCGCCUUUCCCGGCCCCUUCCCCCACCGUUAACUCUGACUCCAAUUCAAACAUGGCCAUUACAGUUACAGACACGUUUUUCGAUUUUGCAGGAUUUGGGCGAACACUUGGACCCAUCACUUAACCCAAUCCUGAGCAAAAAUACUAUUACACGAGGUAAUCAGGAAAUGAUGAUAAUCGGUGACUCCGAGAUCGAAUACAACAGCAACUUCCGGUUAUACAUGACCACACCCCUGGCAAACCCGCACUUUCUACCGGAAGUGUGCAUUAAAGUCACGGUGAUAAACUUCACUGUCACGCUAGAUGGAUUGCAGGACCAGUUGCUGUCACGCGUGGUCCAAAGGGAAAGACCAAAGCUAGAGGAGAGUAGCAAAGAGUUACUUCAUGGCUUGGUAACGGAUCGCUACAAGUUAAGAGAAUUGGAAGAUCGAUCACUGUCUCUGCUUCACCAGUCACGUGGUAACAUCCUGGACGACGAAGAUCUUAUCUCCACUUUGGAUGACAGCAAGAAAGUGGCGAAUGUUAUUCACACGCGUGUCGUCCAAUCAGAAGAGACCAAGGAGAAGAUUAACCUCAGUCGAGAGAAAUACCUUCCAGUGGCCACGCGGGGUGCGGUGUUGUAUUUUGUUCUCACAGAUUUAGCUUACGUGGAUGUUAUGUACCAGUUUUCUCUGCCCUGGUUUACAGAUCUCUUUGACGGCUGCAUUGAGUCCGCUCAGGAGCCAGCACAGACUGCGAGAAGUGAGUCACCCAUAAGGCCUGGUAGCGCAGGUACGCUUCGACCCAUACGAAAGGAUAAACUUGCUGUAUCAAGUGCGAGUCGACCCGUGUUUAAACGUCGAAUAACUGUCCACAGGCCGAAAGAUGAAACUUCGUUGCCGCAAUAUCUCCAAGCCUUGGUAGAGCUUCUAACAGAGAGUGUCUAUCGGGUGGUUUCGUACGCACUAUUUGCGUGUCACAAACUCACGUUUUCUUUUAUGUUAUGCGCGGGAAUCAUGCGUCAUAGUAUGGCUACAUCACGGGACAAAACCAUCGACGAGGAAGAGUGGAAUUGGUUUUUGCGUGGAUCAGCGGUCGCUGCCAUAACAGACAGACUCGAGAGUGAAGAAGAGUUGAAUAUCUCUUGGAAGGGUGAGUACCUGUUUUAACCCAUUAAUCCUCACGAUCUAAAUUCUCCUAACUGUUUGCCAUACAUAACUUGUAAUGUUAGCUCUGAGAACUUAGCAUUCACAUUGUCAGGAGAAUUUAAUUUGGAUCUCUCUUGGGAAUGGGAGAGUUAACUUCUCUUUCAAAAUCGAUAUCGACUUGGAAGUGGAAGACGAACGGUGAUUUCAAAACUCGUAAAGAAUAAUGGCCAACGUAUUACAAUGGAAAUUAUCUGUUAGGGUCUUGAUCCUCUGACAGUCUGCGUAGAAGAGAUUCAAUUUUAGGUUUUUAUGAAUAAGAAACCUUGUAACCUGCGAUAACGCUCUUUUUCUGCGUUACCGCUUGCGAUGAUGGAGCUCAGCAAGGGAGUCAGCUAGUAAACGUGAUCAUUCUAUUCGUUAUUUUUCAAUGUAGGGUCAUGCUCCUCGAAACUGAAUUUUCUGGGUGAUGAAAUUUUGCUGGUGCCUGAAAAAAAAUUAACGUCAUAUCCAUCCUUGUCACGACCUGACCGAGUGUCUGUCGAAGAAGUGUCCCAACCUUUAAUGGCGUUAUUUUUUAAACAUAGUAAUCGGACUUUUCUGAAGUAAAUGUAUUGAAAAUUUCAUGAUUUUCACAGGAAGUCAGACGACAGUCGCGGGAAGCCUGGGUCAAUACAUGUCGAAAAUGAACAAAUCCCCAGCCAAGUGGAUAACUGAGUCUACCUGGAAGGAAUGUCUUCAGCUGUCAGCCUCCAUUCCGGCCUUUGCUGGCCUCUGUAGUAACAUUGCAGUGAAUGGUGCCUUCUGGAGCAAGUUCGCCGCGAGCGAGAAUCCAUUCAAGUUCAUUGAAAAUGAGCAAAAGCUCGAGAAUACGAAGGCUACCUUAACAGAAGGUAUGUGGAGUUACGUCACGUAUGUAUAUUUUCAGUGUCGGUGUCACGCAAUUUUGUGUUGCGAAUUACAGAUAGUAUGGAGUUGUGACUAAAUUUUCACGUCCUUUUGAGAUGGUUUUCUUUGUUACGCAGUUUUUUUAAGCCCACGUAUACAGCGGAGUAACACUAUGAAGAGAAAGAAAGAGACGCCGGUCACUCUUUGGGGUUAAGGGGUUAAGCUUCUAUAGAUUAUUACCAUUUAUAGGCAGACACUUUUUCUAACUGCUGAGCGGGGUCUCCCACGGUGGGCUGAAAAUUUGGUUUAACUUGUUUUACAGAUACGGAUCACCACUCUCCUCAGCUCGGCUGGAACGUAUCCAGUCUCUCCAGGUUUCAGCGUCUUAUCAUCGUCAAGGUACUGCGGCCCGAGUGUCUUGUCGAUUCUGUCAGACUAUUUGUGGAACAACAGAUGGGGCCUAAGUUUGUCACGAGCUUUGGGUUUGAUCUACAAGAAGUGUUUGAAGAGUCCAGUAGUAGGAAACCACUCAUUUUUAUCUUGUCUCCAGGUUAGUGCCACUGCGCUGUUGAAAAAGUACCACAGCAUGAGAGCAGAGGAGCAGGGAUGGCACAGUGGUGAGAGCGCUCGCCUCCCACCGCUGUCGCCCGGGUUCGAUUCCCGGAAACUAGUGUCGCAUGUGGGUUGACUUUGUUGUUGGUUCCCGUCCUUGCUCCGAGAGUUUUACUCUGGGUCCUCCGGUUUUUCUUCCUCCACAAAAACCAACAUUCUAAGUUCCAAUUUAACCUGGAAAGGUGGAAAAGAAGAGCCCCCGAGUGUAAUACUCACUGCUAAAUCCUAUUUAUGUUAUGACGUGAGUUAGUCUGUUCUCGAGGCAGGUGGCCCAUCCACCCAGGAGUAAUGCUACUAAUCCUGGAUGGGAUGCUUUUCCAUCGCAGGUGUCUCUCCUCCCCCCCCUUCUCGCUCAAAAGAGAACAGAAUUUCAGCAUCUUUGUUCAUGGUGUAUGGCACGUUUAGAGAUAUUGUGCCAUCGAGCAUCGAGAUUAUUAUAAUGAUUACAUCGGAAAACCGUUAUGAGCAUGGAGUUUCGAAUUUUUUAUCGACACCAGAAUUGUUCUUUUCCGUCUAUCAUUGAAAAUUGUUAUCGUGAGGCAAUAUGUGAUCUUUUUCCUAAAUUUCUGAUACUUUGUUGUCUUAAAACAGAGACACAGUUCUCUAUAUUGCCCUGUUCUUGUGACUACUUAUCAAACCGUCUUGUUAUUAUCUUUUUUUCAAAGGUUCAGAUCCAACAUCGCAGCUCAUGCGGUUUGCGCGAGAGACUCGAGGGACUUCAUUACAUCUAGACAUAAUCUCAUUAGGAAGGGGUCAGGGCCCCAGAGCUGAAGAGGCAAUCACGAAAGCCUACCAACAGAAAGGAAAGUGGGUUUUCUUACAGAAUUGCCACCAUGCAGCCUCAUUUAUGCCACGACUUCAGAUGAUCGUGAGAAGGUGAGGGAAGUGAGGAGAGGGUCGCAUGACAAAGAGAGUCAGGGGAGGAGAAAUUAAAUCGUGUCAUUUUGCUAUAUGUUGGUGAGGGUAGGGCAGAGUGUAGGUUGUUAUUGCGUCAGUUUGUUAGUCGUGCGACCUAAAGUCAUCAUGGGAAGGUGAGUGAGGGGGGUCUGGUAACGAGAGGAGUAAAGAGAGUUACACUGCCUCCUCGUGACCUCACUGUUUUUUAAAAAUUACCAAACCUUUUCUUGUGAUCUUUAAAACUUCUACCGCUUUUGCAAACUUGGUUUCCCUGAUGACACCUUGAAAGUAUUAUUCAGUGCGUGUUAAGUGAGCUCAGGAGAAUUGAAUUCUAGUCCAUGAUUUUUAAAAAAAAUCAAACCGUCUAAAGGGAAUUUAGUUAUGGCAAUAGGACUGGAGUCCAAUGUGCUCUGUUACUGUUGACUUUUUGCCGAAAUGAAAUGAACGCUGUUAAUUUAAACUGGCGCGCAAAUAACGCUUGCUGUCCAACAACGCGUACUGUCUUAUCACAUAGUCCCCGUUAAAUGUCCAACGCGUACUGUCCAAUUAUGCAGACCCGCGCGUUAUCUGUUCCACCUGUACAGUCCCAGUACACAUGCCUCGCGCCUUAACUGUCCUACGUGUACAGUCCUAGUACACAAGCCCCGCGCGUUAAAUGUCCCACGUGUACAGUCCUAGUACACAAGCCCCGCGCGUUAUCUGUCCCACACAAGCCCGGCACGUUAACUAUUUAGUGACGAACAUGACGCUUACACUAUCCCGUUGAUGCUCAAAUCGGGCUAUUGGUAGCCAAUCACGUUCGAGAGUUUUGUUUUACUGUUGAUUAAAACUUACACUAUCCUUAUCCUUAGGAUAUCACAUCCUGAAACAAAUGUGCAUCCGAAUUUCCGGAUGUGGCUGAGCUCCAAACCAGACCCCUCGUUUCCAGUGUCCAUCCUACAAGCUGGACUCAAGGUACUCAUCAGCAUUUCUAGCAUUUCCAGCAUGUUGCUAUAAGCAGUCAUAGACAUAUAUGAGACUUUAUGGUGCCAUUCUAUAUUUUUGGGAAGGUAUAGCGCGGACGAAUAUGGUAAGGCCUUUAAAUUUUGCCCCGCGUUUUCCGCGUUGGUUCAUGGCUUUGUUCUGACUCGCUGUUUCCGUAGGACAAUCCCUCUAAAAAUUUGUUAGACACAAACGUAAAGCGAUAAUGAUAAGUGAUGUUACAUGUUGCUAGCUUGCUAGUUUUUUCUUGUCGUUAAGAGUGGCUAGACACGGCAUGGGAUGACCCGUGAGAAUAAUUUGCGACGUUGUGUUAGUUAGUACUGAAUCCUCGUGGGAUCUCGGAAAACGGAUACGGGAUUGGCUCGCUCUAAAUCCUCCUAGGAUCUCCGAAAAGGGAAGUGAUCUGAAUUAACUUGUCGGGGUGACCAUAAGGCAAUGUCCACGUGGGAAUUAGGUCUCUUAGGCCAAUCUUCCCUUGUUUUAUCACUCUUUUAUUGAGCAUGCACGAAACAUGUCAUUCACUUGUUCUUGCAGAUGACGGUGGAACCUCCCCCAGGAAUCAAAGCCAACUUGCUUCGAUCUUUAGGGGGAGUGGGUGGGGUGGUGACCGAGUCUAUGUGGGAGGACACAGGGCCUGGGCCUAGUUGGAAGAGACUUGUGUUUGGUUUGUGUUUCUUUAAUGCCGUCGUGCACGAGAGGAAGAAGUUUGGAGCCUUGGGGUGGAAUAUUCCGUAUGAAUUCACCGCCUCGGACCUUGAGGUAUUAUCUCUUGACUAAAGUUAUAUGUUGAUUCAUAUUGAUUUAAUGUUAGAAUUAUUGUCUAGUCAAGCGCAACAAGUAUUUCUUGUUCCUUAAACAGUUCGAAUAAGCGAAAAAAACUUGUUUGAACUUAAAAUUUCGCAAGCCCUUGUUUUGAAGUUUAGUACGGACCACUGCAAUUUGUCUUUUUUUGUUUUUUUCUUUUUCUCCCCUGCGCCGGAAUUUUCCGAUUUUCUUACAGGGCUAAAGCAGUUACUCUUUUUUACGCUACAAUAGGUGUCGAUUUUGAUGCUACACAUGUUACUAACCGAGCAUCACGACGUGCCGUGGAAAGCCAUCAGAUAUCUGACGGGGGAGAUUGUGUAUGGGGGCCGAGUCACAGACAACUGGGACCAGCGAUGCUUGCAGAGUAUCCUGGGAAAGUUUUACACUCCUUUGGCCUUACAAGAGAGCUAUGGUUACACUGUCGAUUAUGUAAGCGCGGUUUACUGGAUAAUUUAAGUCUUUUAGAUAAUGUCAAUAUUAGGAGUUCGCAAUGAAAAUUUACCAUGUCUCUCUACUCGUGGAAAUAUAUCAGAGGCCUGGACAAUGUAGGCCUGGAGAAUGAUGAAAAUUUUUGUUUUUGAAAAGGAAUACCUCAAAUUUUUUUCACUUUUCAUUAUUUUUAUGACUUAGUCUUUACAGCCUGCGUAGCCGAUCUCAUUUCAAUUUGCCGCUGUCCCCCCCACCCAAAACUGGAAACAAUUCUGCAUUCACAAGCUUUCUUUUUUUAUGAGAAAUUUAUUAGCCUAAUUUUUUUUAAGGCCGUAAUUUCCUCCUAUUUCCUGAUCUGUUAAGGACGUUUUACAAAUGGUGUUGGAUGAGAAUGAGUUAAAGGGCUUGAUAUUCUAUAUAGAACUUUAGGGAGUUGAAUAUCACGUCAUGAAGGGGCAGGCUUUCUAUUCAAAUCAUAAAAAAGAACCGCGUUUGUUACUCACCGAUCCUUCCUUUUGAAAAGUGAUGAGAACUGAGGAGGGGAGGGGUGCUGGUUGAACUACAGCUCAACCACUUGAGAGUGAUAUCGUUUCCGAUUCAUUUUAGGUGUACCGUCCACCUCCCCCUGAAAUCUCUUUGUCAGUGUGCUGUGAGUACAUUGAAGGUCUACCUGCUGCUGAUGCGCCUGAACUCUUCGGAAUGGAUCAGAAUGCAGACACGGCUUUCCUUGCUGGUCGAGGAAGAGCGCUCAUAGCUGACCUGUUAGCAGCCCAGCCUCGCCUCACCACGUCCAUAGGGUAUGACUGAAACAUCUCUGUCGCAACCUUUUCAGCAUUUAUUGAAUUCAUAAAAGAACUUUAAAAGAAAUCUGGUGGCGCUUACGCCCUGGCGCGGGCGCAAUCACGGACUUUGUUAGCACUCAUUGGUUAUUCAAAUGGUUUAAAUUUUAAUGACGUAAUAUGUUUGGUCGCGCUUACAAAAUGAAGUGGUUUUGGGAUUUUUGAGUCGAACUGGACUUGUCUUGUUCCUUCGGUAUUUAUAGGGUUUUACGGAUUUUACGGAUUUUGAGGGCUGUCGGGAAAACCCUCAGAACAAUCAUUUCUUAUUUGUAUUAAAAAAAAGAAUAGAAAAAGGAAAAACUCUCAGAACGAAGAAAGUUUUUGACAUUGAGAACGAGAAUCUAGUGACUAGUAGAAAGUGUUGUGGUCUAUUGAUGCAAGGGGAUGUAUUUUGAUCACAGGGGGCUUCCCUAUGCUGUUUUUUUGUUUUGCAGCAGCACCUGUCAAGGAUGACGCGCUGGUUAGAGCGCUUUGGAAAAUUUAAGUUACUGCUUUCUGUAGGCUGUAACUCAAAUUACUGAGUUUGAAAUUCAUCAUACCGAAAUUAGUUCCUUGUUCAUUUUUACGGCCUGUGUUUACCUCUCUGUGCUGUCAAUCUAACUUUUAUUUCCAUUAUUUUUUAUUCCUAAUUUUUACCACAGAUCUAACAAAACCAAUGACGACACAGUCCUGGAUCUUGUGAAUGACACAUUAAAGUACCUCCCUCCACGAGUGGACUUCAACUCCAAUGACUUUACCGCUGAUCUAAUGAACCCAAAGCGCGGAUCUAUUACUCCAGACCGCCUGAGACAGGUGGCUGAGAAGAAGCUAUCCCAGGAUCCUUUGGCCGAGCACGCAGAUCAGUCCGCAUUUGUCACAGUUUUGAGACAGGAAAUAAAUCGGUUUGACCGGUUGUUGGAGAUCAUUUACACAUCACUUUCAUCGUUGCGACUGGCCGUCAAAGGGGAAGUGCUCAUGUCUGAACAAUUAGAGGAGGCGUAUGAUGCGUUGCUUAGCAACCGUGUUCCAAAGGCUUGGAUGGUAUGUAUCAUUCAUGGAGUGUCUCAACUCUUUAACUCCCAGAACUGAUCAACAUGUAACUUCUCCCUCUAAUAUCCAUACAUUAUCCAGCAAACAGGUAAUGGGAAUACUCAAACUUAUAAGGUAGAAGUUGUCAUCUUGAUCGAAAACCAAAUUCUCGUAACUAAUUUACAAGGGAACUUAGAGAAGCUAGAGGAGAGAAUUUAAAACAAUCAUAUUUUGGGAGUUAAAGGGUUAAGUAUUGUGAAGUACUUGUAGACCAUUACUGACUUGAGUUCCAUGUUAAACUUUUUUCAUUUUACGGUAUGUUGCAUAUUUUUGUUCAGUUUAGGUAGCCAAAUCCAAGAAUGAUAACAUUUGACAAUAAAUUAGUGGUCAGUUUUUAUUAAGUAGGCACUGAUUCCUAGAUCUGUCGGAGACACUUUACGCCUAUGACGUCCAAACUUAAAGGUCUAAGUGCAUGUUAACACUAGUUUUAUUCAUUAUAGCAAGCGGCAUAUGAAUCCUGCAAGCCACUGGGAGCAUGGGUUGACAAUCUUGCCAAAAGGGUGGAUUUUUUUAGCUCUUGGUUAGACUUAGUCAGGAAUGAUAAAAGAUCAAAGUCCCGAGUGUCUCGCGAGACUGGUGUUACGCCGACACCAACCACCAGCCAAUCAUCGAUGUCCACGCUCCCACCACGUGAUCAUCCGAACGCUUUUUGGUUACCAACCACCAGCCAAUCAUCGAUGUCCACGCUCCCACCACGUGAUCAUCCGAACGCUUUUUGGUUACCAGCUUUCUUUUUCCCGCAAGGUAAAUAAUAAUUUGUCAGGUUACCGAUGUUAGUGAACGAAAUAGAGAUAAAGAUAAAGUAAUAUUUAUCAGCAUGAUAGUAGACAGUUUCGUUUCUUUUUCUUAAGAAAAAUAUAUAUCGCUUCAUUUUAGCUGUAAAAUAUCUCUCCUCUUAAUUAACAUCAUCCUUCUCCGUCAUUGCUUCUUGUCCGUCAUGUUCCUCCUCGCCCUUCCCUUCUCACCCUCUUCUUCUUUCUUCCUCAAUUUUUUCCUCUCUCCCCCGGCUAUUCUUCAUCUUCAUCCUCAUUUCUCCGCACUUUUUUCUCUCUCCAAGGGCGAAGCCGAAGGGGGGGGUGAUCCUGGGGUGCCCGUGACCCUCCCCCCUCCUUUUGUAAGCUUUUUUUUUUUGUCACAUUAAGUAAAACAUUGCGUGGACGUCGACAUGACUAUUUGGUGAUUACCCUACGUUUGACAUAGUGUGACCCUCCCCCCCUUGAAAAAUCUUGCCCACGCCCCUGCUCUCAUAUUUCAAAAUUACAGUCACCCCUCUCAGCUAUCGCUUCUUUCUCCUUCUCUUUCUCUUCCUCUCUCUUCCUCUCUCUUCCUUGCAUCCCUAACAUUUUCAUCUUUUGCGUUUUUGGUGAAUUAACUGUCUUUCUCUAUUUCUCAGGUUUUCUCACAGCUGUAUUACAGACACAUGCCCGACAGCGUAACCUCCCAGUUGACUCGUUAAGCUUCUGCUACCAAGUGCUGAAUGACAAAUGGACGAAUGAUGAACUAGUUCAUAGUGAAAGCGACGUCGAUUUCAAGAGAGUUGCUUUCCAGGUGAGAUAUAUCAGGGUAGCGACAUGCACAUCGUGAGGUUACUUUUUUUAUACUUGUUUAGACUCAAAAUCGGGAGGUGCCUCGCCCGGUGCAAUAAACGGGAGCAUGUGGAACUUUUGUUGAUUAAUGAACGGCAUUUCGUGAAAUUGCUGCUGAAAAGCCGUUCGUUCUAAUGGUAGAAUACUACAGGGUAUCCGCCACAGACUUAAAUUUCCUUGUUCAGAGAAAUUUGCAAUACUAUACCAAAGUAAUAAUCAGUAACCUUGAAUAGAAUAGUCACGUAAAAGGGUUUUUUUAAAAAGAAAAAUUCUGGUCGACCUACCUGAGAAUUUCACAAAUAUUGAGAUCAGAAAAAUAUCUUUCAAAUUUUAGUGUAGCACUACAACUUAACCAUAGCAGACUAUAUCUUUAGAAGUCUUGACAUUACUUUUUUUUUAAAAUUAAUAAUGUCUCUCUAAACCAAUAGAACCACUUUUUUCUUAGGGUGCUCCUACGGACGAAGGCUCUCUUGUUUUUGGACUUUAUCUGGAUGGAGCAUCAUGGGAUUUCAAGCGAGGAUGCUUGCAAGAAUCCCUUCCUGGCCAGCGGUUUUACCCUCUUCCCGAACUACUCGUCAUUCCCGUACAGGUAAGCAAGCAUUUCACUGUGAGCAUCUUACUGCAGAAGCGUUACCCUUAAAGAAGGAACUCGAGCGUUUGCGCGUUCAAGUUGUACCAAAAAUAUAGCAUAAUGAUUUUCCAUCUUUUACACUAUCAGCAAAACCCAUCAACAACACCUGAUGGAAAAGGUAAAGAGGAUACAGAGGAAGAGCUUAACACGUACGAAUGUCCGUUGUACAGAACAUCUCUUCGUGCCAGCUCCCUCACGUCCACUGGUCACCCUACUAACUUUGUCACGUCCGUAAAUCUGCAGUCUAUUCAGCCAGCGGACUAUUGGAUUACCCGUGGCGUGGCUCUUCUCUGUCAACUGGACGAAUGACGUCACCGUUUUCCAAUGCAGUGUGAAUUUCGUGAAAUUAUGAAUUGAAAAGUUUUUAAAUAAGUUGUUGAAGAACAUUUUCUGGUUUUGAAGUCCAUCCAUAGCUGAAAUGCUUUAGGUCACGAGUCUUUUCAACGAUUCUUUUCAAUUUUAGUUGCCACUAGGUUUUUUACAGAUGUUUGUUUAAGAUUAAACUGGAAUCGAAGGUUCUUAUCCCAAAAUACCAAAUAUCGCAUUCCAUCCUACUUCAUUUGUCUCUCAUUUUCGAGGGACAUUCAUUCAUUCAAUACUAAUGGAAUAACACCUCUGGCCCCGAUUGUUUGAAGGGUUGAUAACGCCAUUCACUGGAUAUAAUUCUAUCCGUUGUGUAGUGCGGUACGUUUUGUUAGUGAUUCCUGCCCUUCGAACAAUGGGGCCCUGUUCUUUUAAACACAUUCACACCUGUUAAAAAACACCAAAAUUCGCAUUGCACAGAGAUGUUUACUCGUGAACGGGUUUGGAGAACCCCAGCUAUUUAACUGCUCCUAUGUACAUUUUAAGGUUUUAUUUUCGUUACUUUGAGCCAAAAAACGCACUAGUUAUCGCCUCUCUAUUUAAAACACACUCGUUGCCUCUGUGUUGUGAACCUCUUUUGAAAAGAAAUUGUGAAAAGAAAAGUAGAAUGUACGGCAAACUGUACAGUACCCUUAAGUUAAAACGUGUGCAGG